AUGAGCCUGUGUCCACCUCCAUUACUAGCUCCUCCUGUAGCUCAGCCCCUUCCUCCCCUCCCUCAUUCAGACCUGAAGUACCAAGGGCUGACUCUAAACAGGCUUGCAGCUGUAUCUCCACAGCUUAAAGCUUAUUGUUUCAACUGUUCUAAUAGUACUUCAACUGUGCCAGACAUCUUCAAGGUAAGAGCAGCAGCUCAGUUAUAUUUAAAAACGGCCAACCUUGAUAGUUGUCUGGCACAAGCUGAGGUAAAUAAUUUGGCGCCUUUAAAUUUAUACUCCUCAUUUUCCCGCCACUGCUUAUCUCGUGCUGCGAUCUACCAAUCAGGGCUCUUGCCCUGAUCACGACCUUCCCGCUCUGCUAAUAGCGCGUGCUGCCCUGCACCUAACCCUCACUGCGCUCUGCUGCUAACCUAAACUGACCAAUACUUACCCAACAGCCUCUGCUCCAUCAAACCUCAUGAGGCUUGCUCCUUAUGCAGUCCGCGUGCCCGACAAUCUGUCCUGCACUGAGUGAUAUUCAAGCUCACAGGUGUGGCUAUCAGUCAGCAGGGCCGCCAUCAGGGCAUGACAACCAUAAUGGUUGUCAUGGGCCCGGCGAUCCUGGGGGGCCCGGACUGCUGUGGGAGUCCUGGGCCCCACAUUCCAUAUGUGCUCAUAUAGAUAACGAUUAUCGCUAUCUAUAUGAGUAAUUGCGGGCCCCGGCUACCUGUACAGUGUAGACGGGGGCCACCGGGUCAGCCAGCACCAUCUUAGCUUUCCAGCAGCUCCUGUGUCUGUAACUCUCACAAGUUCCCUGGCCGGCAGAGCGUUGUCACGGGUUACCAUGGCAACACUCCACGCGGCAUGCAGGCACAGCUCGCGAAGGUUACAGGCACAGGAGCUGCUGGAAAGUUAAGAUGGUGCUGGAAGGGUCCCUUCUAUAUUAUACAGUGGCUGGCUCCCUCCAUCAUACCAACGGACCACCUGGGAAGCAAACUCCCCCCUCCUUGGCCAGGGAAGAAGCAGAGGGGGGAAUAAAAUAAAGUGUGUGUAAAUAAAUGUAAAUAUUAUCAAAAAUGCUCUCCUCCCCACCAAAUGCAGCCUCUAUUUUACACUAUACAUCCCCUACACAAACACACAUAGCAAUCACCAUACACACUAUUCAUCCACUACACAAACACACACUGCAAUCACCAUACACACUAUACAUCCACUACACAAACAUUGCACACUGCAUUCACCAUACACACUAUACAACGACUACACAAACCCACAGUGCAAUCACCAUACACACUAUACAUCCACUACACAAACAUUGCACACUGCAUUCACCAUACACACUAUACAACGACUACACAAACCCACAGUGCAAUCACCAUACACACUAUACAUCCACUACACAAACAUUGCACACUGCAUUCACCAUACACACUAUACAACGACUACACAAACCCACAGUGCAAUCACCAUACACACUAUACAUCCACUACACAAACACACACUGCAAUCACUAUACACACUAUACAUCCACUACACAAACACACACUGCAUUCACCAUAAACACUAUACAUCCACUACACAAACACACACUGCAUUCACCAUAAACAGGAUACAUCCACUACACAAACACACACUGCAUUCACCAUAAACACUAUACAUCCACUACACAAACACACACUGCAUUCACCAUAGACACACUACAUCCACUACACAAACAGACACUACAUCCACUACACAAACACACACUGCAUUCACCAUACACACACACCAUCCACUACACAAACACAAACUCUGCAUUCACUACACAAACACACACUGUAUUUAACACACACAAAUACUACAUCCAUUAUCCAAAUGUGCCAUCUGUAUCCACUAUACACACCACAUCCACUAAACACACACAAAGGGCAUCCUUGUGGGCGGCGCGGGGCCCCAGACCUUGAAGUAUGUAAUGGGACCCAAAAUUUCUGAUGGCAGCCUAUACUAAUGUAACUGCCAAGUGCUGAACUACAAGUCCAAAAAUCCAUUAAUUGCAAGAGUUGGUGUAAUAACGGUCAUUACUCCCACUAAAAAAAUGGGAUGGGUCGGGUUUGCUGACAUAUGUCACGUACUUACAAAUGCAGGCAGAAUUCUUUGAACACCAAGCUGUAGUUGCUAGGCAUUUGCUACCCAGACAAUAGCUUCCAUGGGGAGUAAUCUCUCUCAUUUUGUUUGAGUAUAUUGGGAUUGAAUCCACUACACAUGUCUAGUUGUAUUCAGCAGAUCAUAUUCAAUAUUAGUAUUAUUAGAAAUGACGAACUAUUAUGUAUAAUGAAUAAUAUUUUUACAUUGUAAUACUAACACUGAGCAGAAUAAAAAAUAUGGGAAGACUUUUUAUAGGAUGCUCUAUUUCUAUGCUUGCAGUGUCCCUUUAAAUUACACUUACUAGUUCUCCUACUACAGGGCUAGCCCAAUGGCGUUAUCUAGCUGUCAUGCUGCCCUAUCCCAGUGACUCACUGCACCCUGUGAUCUUCAGUGAGCCAUUCAGAGGAGGGAGCAGCCGCUCUACUCCUAUUAUCACAACGUUCCGGAGGGUGUGAUGCUGACGUCACUGUCCUUUAGGCUUUCCAUUGGAACUCCGCCCUCCUACCGCCCCCUGCACUGUCAGUCAGAUCCAUAGCUGCAAGACCUCCAGGCUCGGCCACUGAAAGGUAACAAUCAGCACCUACCGACUAAAGCUAACGAAAAGGCCGUUUCUUACAUAAAAUCUCUAUUGCGGUUAGCCAUUAGGGCUACAGGAUCAGGCAAAAUGGCUACAGUUAGUGUGCAUGAAUGCAGGUUUUGCUGUAAAGGUCUUGAAGAUAAGGAGGCCAGAAGAUCAGGUCGACCUUUGUGUGUUUCAUGUGUGUUUCAUAUGUGUGAGACUGGGAGGGGAAGUAGAAUAGAACGUUACUGUAACCAGUUCAAGAAAACUAUGUUAAAUGUGUUUAUUGUGUUUCUAGAUUCUCCAUAUUGCAGAUAUAUUGUUAUAAUUAUCUGCAAACCAGUGGGUCACAUCACUCACCAGAUAGAUCUAUGUAACACCCAUGCUUGAUGGAUUAUAGAGCGGUGUCCUCUGAAUGCACAUUGUGUGCCUUAUUCCAUAUUAUAUUUAAAACCAAGUUAAAGGGCAACAUAUAAAACCAGAAUGUCAUUCAUGAUAGAUGUCGGUUUGUAUACUUCUAUAAAUAGCGUCCAUAGAAUGCUUUGUAAAUGAUAUCUAUCUGUAUUGAAUCUGUUCAAAGGCAAUGUGACCUUUGGCGACUGUUUAAGUCCAUUUUAAAUGCUAAUUUAGAUCCCUAAAAGGGACUAGACCAUUAUAAUGACACAUAUAUUAAAGAAUAUAUAUAGUAAUAAUAAUGAAAUAUAAUAGAAUAAUAAAAAAAAUAGUGAGCUGCUAGGAUAAAUGAAUUAUAUUUGUGUAUAUUCAUAUAAUUUGUAAAGGAAAGUUGCAUAACGUUUAAUUGGUGUUUUCACUUAUCUUUUAUUACAUUAGGCAUAAUUUUCCAUAGUAAAUUACAAAUGCAUCUGCCUCAAGGUCACAAGUGGAUUACUGUGUUGUACUGUAGGCUUUUAAAAGUAGUACCAUAGCUAAGGGAAUAUAUUUUUGUAAAAUAUCUAUUGAAAGCGUCUGAUUCCUUUAGUAUAGUGUUAUGAAGAAACCUCUGCUUCAUAAAUCUUACACUUCUAAACCAAGGACAGCAAUUGAUUUGCUUAGACAUUUGCAGUCCCUGUCCUCGAAAUUAGGUUUAAUUUGACCACAAAUGUGAAGGACACUCCUCAUUUGGCAUCUAUCCUUCAAGACAAAUGUCAGCUUGCAGUGUCUACAUGCCUGUGCAGAUCAGUUACCAGCAUGUUGAAUAUUUUUGUAGGUUGUUUCAUCUUGUAACCUGAAUUAAAAAUAUCACUUUAAAAUUAAGGCUAAAAUAGAUGAGUUUGAAAAAAAUUUUAUGCUAGUGUAUGUUGCAUCAUUUUGUCAUGCAUUUAUGUAUAUUUGGUUUUCAGUCUCUCAUUCAUUGUUUAGUGAAUUAAUGAAUAAGAGUUCAUUUACUGGAUUGAAGUGAAGUGUUCAAGUUUCUGUCUGUAAAAUUAUUAAAUUUCAGAGGGAAAAAAAUACUGAUAGGAAAAGAUUCAAACGAUCAUGAUUUGUCCUUGAUAGCCGCCUUGUCUAGGAAGGAGACAUUUUUGGAAUGUUUCAUGGACUUUGUUAACAUGUAAUAUUAUUAUUUUUGUUCGCCCCCUAUAAUAAAAGGUUGCCCAUUUUGUGCUGUCAACAAAUUCCCUGAUGGUAUGAAAACCCAACCUAUGUCCUGUUUGAAACACUAUAUAAUGGAAAAGUCAUGGAGGAUGUAGUGUCAUGACUGCGGUGUAUAACUUUUAAGACCCUGCAUAUGGAACUAUAUAUAUAUUUGUUCUUCAAUCAGACAGGUCAGAAAUAUUUGAAUUCAAAAUGUAAUAUUACAGUGAAAAUGAAUGUAACUAGUGUCAGUGCCCACAUAUAUACAUAGAGAUACUAGAUAACUGAAACAAAAACUACAGGAGGCAGCAAAUCUAAGAUAAGGGAACUCCCUUAACAACCCUUGAAGAAAGAGUAUACCUAAUCUGAAAAAAUUAGGUUGGGCCUAAGAGUAAAAUACACUGACUAGUAAAUAAGAAAAGAAACCAUAAGAGAAAUGACACUAUUAAUUAAAAACAAAUAUCACCAGGGAAUAGUACAAAAAUAUGACAAAAUAAAAUAUACAACAGUCCCAAGUUUGAUUCUCUUUUCUAAGGGAAGAUAUUUAUUUUUAAUUAAUGGUGUUAUUUCUCUAAAUGGAGAGCAAAAAACAGGUCGCAAGAGUAUUCUGAGAACGGGCAGCAGCUGAAAUAGCCUGCCCUUCACUGGGUCCCCGCUCAGAACUCAAGCUUGUUUUAGCUCAUCUUGUGCCAUUACAGAGAGAACAUAUCUGAAGCAUAUCAGACUGGUCCCACUCAUUCGGACAGUCCAGAUCCGAAAUGCCAGCAAGUUCUCUCUGCACGAAAGAUACAGCAACCCCAGACGAUCGUUUCAGCCUUCUUAGGCAUCAUCAGUGAGGCAUAGCUGAUAUCUCUCUAGGCACCGUGAGCAAGGGGUCCACGUCUGGAUUACCCUUUAAACUAAUGGAGAGCAAAAAACAGGUCGCAAGAGUAUUCUGAGAACGGGCAGCAGCUGAAAUAGCCUGCCCUUCGGUGGGUCCCCGCUCAGAACUCAAGCUGGUUUUAGCUCAUCUUGUGCCAUUACAGAGAGAACAUAUCUGAAGCAUAUCAGACUGGACCCACCCAUACGGGCAGUCCAGAUCCGAAAUGCCAGCAAGUUCUCUCUGCACGAAAGAUACAGCAACCCAUUUUUAUUUCUAUAAAUGUUUCUCUUGUUAUUCACUAAACAGUGUAUUUUACUCUUAGACACAACCUAAUGUUCUUGUUUUAGAUUUUCCACAUAUAUACAUAACAUUUACAUAAGGUGAUUUCACCUAGGGCAUCAGUGACAGCAAGAAGGGGGCGUAACAUUAAGGAUAUUUUAGUCCCUAGCCAUCUGAAAAAUACAUCUCUAAAAACAACAUGGCUAAAGUCUCCAGUCCUAGGCACAUAUCAAUGUGGUAAAUGCAAGGCGUGUAAAUUCAUACGCCGACCUUCCAAAACCUUUCCAGAUUCUUUAGGGAAUCAGGAAUUUGAUGUUAAAAGUUUCUUUAAUUGUCAGUCUAAAGGUCUUGUGUACUUACUUACCUGCUCAUGUAAGAAAUUAUAUGUGGGGAAAACUUCAAGAAAGUUCAAAUUGAAAAUAGGGGAACAUGUGAACUCAGUGAACCCUAGAAGAGAAGGCUAAUAGACACUCCAGUCUCUAAACAUCUGAAAACCCAUCAUGGGGGUUCCUCUGAUGGAAUUAGAUUCUGUGGGAUUGAAAGAGUCAUACUUGGACCAAGAGGUGGCGAUUUGGAUAGAAGACUAUUACAAAGGGAGAGUUUCUGGAUCUAUAAACUUAAAACCCUCUCACCGUUUGGAUUGAGUGAGGGUUUUUCAUAUACACCUUUUAUAGGAGACUAAUAGUACAUAAAUCACUUGGCCUGUGAUAUAACAUAUCCAAACAUCUCUCUUUUUCUCUUCUUUCUUUUUUCAUUCUAAUUUAUUCUAUUUUACUGUAUUUACAUACUACCUGUAUGUUCAUGUAUAUAACUCUGUAAAUUUGUAAAUAUGUCCUACCUGCCGGAUACACUUGUAAAUAUUAUACUAUAGCGUGUGCAGUGUUUAGUUCACUAUAUACUUUAUUUAUUAUUAUUUAUCUUGUAUGCUUUAUUUAUUACUUUAGUAACCCUAACUCCUACAUAUAGGAUUUCCAAUAGGGAGAAUAACUAUGGAAAUAUGGCUCUGAUCCAGGGUAUGAAUUGCACAAGGGAUAUUAUAUAUUAUAAAAUAGUCUAUAUCUGGCCACUUUGUAUAGGGCAACCCUUGAGUCUGUAACAUUCUGGGGAGUUGCAAUUGUGCAGUAUAUAUUCACAGGUGCUGCAUUGUAGAUAUCACUUUUGCCCAUUUUUUAUUAUUAUUACUAUUGUGUGUAUGAUUCUAUGAGGGGGAGUGUUUUCCUUCCCCUCCCCCCCAUUGGAUAUAACUGAUGUAAGGCGAUUCAUUAGCCUGUAUACUGGUAUCCGCCCAGACGACCUAGAGGGGCGGAGUCAUGGGGGCUAUGACCGGGGAACAAACAUAGUAGAUCCCGCCCAUCUUUGAUCUAACAGUGUUACAGACGGUCCAUAUGUUGAUGGGGAUGUUAGGUUGCGCGCGACGUCACCUAUAUCACGUGAUUCGUGACGUCGCGAUCCCGGCCCUUUGGGGGGUCGAGUCAAGUGAUGCGUUACCUGACACCUCCCCCACGUACAUCACGUGACCCGGAAUGCCAUAUACAUCACGUGACCCGGUAUGCCGUGGCCGCGAUUUUGGAUUUGAAAUAAGAUCCACCUGAGAUGAUAUUCCCCCUAUUGGAUACAACUAUCUGGUAAAUCUAGUAUUUAAGAGACAUGCUUUCAGUCUUAUGUUGGCCCCUGACGAAGGUGCAUCUCUUUAGGAACCGAAACAUGCGUUGGGCAUUUUUUUCUCAUAUCUUGUAUAUGAGCACUGGGCACUGGUGGUUGUAGCACCAUGUUUGUCACUUAACUAAUUCUUUACUCUUUUUACUUCUUUUCUUCUAUGCCUGUCUAGUUAGUUUAACAGGGAGAGAGGCUUUAUAAUUAAAAUCUAUCAGUCUGUUUGAGACUGAUUUUUCUAUUCUCUUUUGACUUUAUACCUCUCCUUAUAUGAUAUUGGAUCCUGAAUUUUAUAGCUCUUUUCUUAUAAUUAUGGAGCUAUAACUAAGCCCUUUUCUGCAUAUUAUAUCAGGGACAUGGCUUUUAGUUUUUUCAGUAUAUGGAUUUAAGGCAGUUUUAUUCUGGAUCUCUACAAGAUCAUUAUACUAGACAUCACUUAAAAGGAUUUUUUGAUUGGGAUUUAGAUAUCUGGCGUUUCCCAUUCCCAUUAGCACAUUAUAAUAAAUCCUAUAUUUGGAAUUGGGACACUUUAGUGUACAUUGUAUCUAUACUCCUACAAUUUUCCUUUGUGACUGGCAUAGAAGUAUUAGUACCACCUAUAUUUAUUAUUACUUUUGUUUGACUAUUGGGAUAGUUUGUCACUUACAGUAUCUACCAUUAAUGUGGUAGUUAGGUUCUUAUUUCAUUGCACCGCUAUAUUUAUUUCCAGGUGAUGUAACUAGUCUCAAGUUUUUACACUGAGACGGGCUGCAUCUUUACUUAGUGUGCUGUUUGUUGUUCACUUUGGGGUUAGGCCCCUUUCUGAGACACCUGGAGUCUCUUAUCGGUACUUUAGUCUCUGUGUAGGACCAACUACUACCCCCCCUCUUUUUUUGUGGUGGUUCUAGUGGUAUAUACACAGAGUCUUAGAAGUUUUUUCUUCUUUCUUUGUUUUUUUCACAUAUAUACAUGCCCUAACUUUAUGAAUGCGAUGCCUCUCAAACUGUAAUGGAGUUGGAGAUUGGAUUACAUAUAUUAAGCUAACAUAUUUGAUAUAUUUUAUAGUUGGAUCUAUGUUUUAUAUGUCAUGAUCCUACCCAGCUAUGGUGUGUGUGUGUGUAUAAGCAACUAUAUUUACGUAUGCCACACAUCUAUCUACUCUAAAUCUUGUGUGACAGUCCGGAUAUAUUGGGCUCCCUUUUCACUAUACCAUGAUUGUAUUACGUCUGUUACCCCCCCCAACCCCCACAAAAAAACCAAAAAAAAAACAAAGUCAACUCAUAUUACCCACACUCAAUACCUUGCAUACCUCAAAAUGUUGGGAGUAUGAUUCCAACCUGGAACCCAAAUGAUGAGCUUACGUUUAAUAUUUUAUUCAAUAUAACAAUAUGGAUAAAUAAAACAGGCUUUUUUUUUUUUUUUUUAAGCCAUCAUCACUUUGUGUUCAUGACACAUCCACUUUAAUAAAUUCUUAGUGAGGAAGCUGUUACUAAUAUAAAACCUAUUAUAAGUAGGACCAUGGAAACAAAUCAAGAACAUUAAUUAUAGAGGUGUUAACUGGCAUGUUAGUUACAGCAUUAAAAUUCACGUAAUUAAUUAUAAAAUAUAAAUAAUGUAUAUUCGUAUAAGAGAGAAGCUUACAAGCAUGCAACAAGGAAUUAUAUUCCCACAGAAAGAAUUUGGAAGCAUUGUCUCCGAUCAAAAUCCACUCAAGUGUCUAGAGAUGAAUUGUGAGAUACAAACCUUUUAGGUACAUGGAUUUUCGAUAGCAAAGUGUUUGGUAGCAAUCAUUUGUGACUGUUUCCGUAUCCAUACAGCACUUCUAGUAAAAACAAAAAAAAAGUACUUUACAGACAACAAUCUGAUAAAUUUACUAAAGAAAAUAAAGUUCUGCAAGCAAUUUCUUUAUCCACCUGUCAAUAUUUCAGUUCUAGUAGGCCUCUUGCAAAUUGGCUAUUUUGGUAGUGUUAAUAGUUUUCUUUAUAUCAUACAAUGUAACAGUUUUAAUCUGUGAGUAACCACACCAUUUAUACAUUUUUCAAUAGGUAUAUCUCUAACGUGAUAUCUCACUGAAGAUAUAUACCAGGCUGUAGUUUUAGAUUAAGACAAGGUAUAUACCUCCAGGAUAAAAUAGCCACACCUGUGUUUUGUAUUUUAUUAUCUCUUUUUAAGAAUGUUUAAGAAAUUAAUAUAUUGAAAACCCAGAAGAGCAUUAACAUCAGUUUUGCUUUUGCAAAAAUUCAACACAAUCAUUUUUAUUGACCAACAUAGAAUAGUAUUAGCACAUCAGUAGUGUACUCUAUAUUCAUUGAUGGUUGUGUCCUUUGAAACAGGUAAAAAACAAAAAAACAAAAAAACAAAAAAAAAACAGAAUCGUGAGGGAAAAUUAGAGAGGAAAGAUAGAGAGAAAAUGAGUGCAAGGAUUUGUAGCUUAAAUCAACCAAAAUUAAAGGGACCCCUAAAACACUUUAGCUUGCUGAACUGCUUUAUUGGUGAAGAGUCAUCUUUUUAAUUUUACAAAAAGUGCGGAUUUCAAUACAAAUUGGCACUUGUAAAAAUGAAUAUUGUUAUACUCCCUGGCUGUCAAUCAGACAACAGCCUAAUUGAAGAGGCAGGCAAUUACACAGAGCACAUGCCUUGCAAAGACUUGUCGUUAAACUGCAUUGGGAAAUCUGUGAUUGGAUAGCCACAUAAAGUCUAGGCUGGGGAAGAAGGGGAGAGCUUGCAAUGGUUUCAGACGAGAGGUCUGUAGCUUUUGCAAGCUGUUAAUAGACACUCAAAGUGGAAAAAUGCAUAAUUAAACACAUGCAUAUUUUAAUUUGGGAUAUAUCUAUUAAACACUGAUUUUAUUUUUUUGUAUUUGGGCAGUGGAGUGUCCCUUUAAAGUAAUUUAUGCGCUUUGUUUAUACUUGUGGUGAUUUUUAUCACGCUCAACUACUUUCUGCUUGUAUUGUUUGUGUAGUGUAUAGGAAAUACCUUACAUUAGAGGGACACUAUAGGCUCUCAGACCACUUCAUCUUGUUAAUGUGGUCUGAGUUCAUUUUCCCCGUCCCCCUCAGUCCUGAAAUGUAAAACAGUGCCUCUUGUGGCGGUAUACCAGAAAGGUCCAUGCUUUCCUAUGGGGAAGGCCUAAUAUGCACUGAGCAUCUGAGCAUGCUCAUUAAGUCCCCAGCCACAUCGGCUGACAAAGGAGGCACAGCGAGACCAAGCGCUUGUUUAUUUAACCAUUUACACAAUGGGGGUAGGUACAGGGCAGAGGAACAGGUUAGUGUUAGGACUACAAAGAUGUGUUCUUAACACUAAAGUGUUCCUUUAAUGUUGUAGCUACUUUAGAUUAAUUCUGGUAUAUUAAGCACCUUCAUUUCCCAGAUAAUUUUUUGAUUGUUUUCUUAAAUUAAACAUACUCUUUGAAAUACUGAUAUAAGGUAAUAUAUAGCAAGAUAAACAAAGAUGACACAAGUGCAUACAUAGCAAAGUGCAUCAGCUGAUCUUAAAGGAACACUCUGGUGAUUAAAAACUUAUUCUUCUAAAAAGGUUAUUCCUAAAUCUAGAAUAUGUACAUUGCUUUAGCUGUAGAUCUGACUUCUGCAGCUAAGCUCGUCUCCUUUGAUGCCUAGCAUGAGCUUUCCGGCAGCCGAUCAAAUGCUUCUCGUAGAGAACACUGGAUUUCAAUCAGCUGUUAUUGAGCCGAGCUGGGAGAUCUGGGGAGGAAGGUUUAGGCUGUACGGCUAUAUUUACUGAACAUAGGCAGCAUGUACUAGCGAGCGUGCUCAUAGCACUGCACUUGCCAGUGUAAAAGCAGUGAUUUUUUUGUCUAUAGCAUGCAGUGUGUGAGAGUUGUUCUUUGGCAUAUGAAUUACAAUACCUUUUGUAUUGGCAAUAUUUCAAGAAGAAACACUGCACCAAAUUCUUGAUUGGUGAAGUUGUCUGGAUUUAACAGUCUCCAGUCAGGCAUUUUACUUUUGACCCCUACUUCAGUGCACCAUAAUCACUUCAACAAGCUGAAGCGGUUAUGGUGCUUAGAGUAUCUCUUUAAGAUAAAGUGAAAUAGGUAGUGUAUUUCACUUGAAGCCCAUAUAGAUCAUCAUUGCAACUAACAGGAAUAUUACAUAAUCUACAGAAGUGUUUCAUUUGAAAUCACUAAGUGUGCUGUUUUAAGGGAACUGUCACUCUCCAGAAUUUUUAUAUUAUGAACAAUGUUCCUUUAAAUUCCAACCAGUGCUAAAACUACAGAACUACUGAAUGGCGGAUGCGACCAUCUGCUGGUCCUUCUUUCGAGUGACAGCAACAGCAAAGUGCUUAAAAUUAGUCAUGGUGCAUCAGCGUUUGUAGAGCUGCUGAAUUUGACUGGCUGUGUAUAGGGACUGAAUGCUUGAAACAUGGUGCAUCUUAUUCAGGACAAGUCGGCUGUACUUAAAGAAGAACACAGCUGGUUUAAACUACUGUGAAAGUAUGUGUUUCUGUUAAAAAGUUGAGCUUUCCAUUUGUAGCCUGAAUAUAAGUUUCCAAAUUUGUCCGUUAGGUUAACUAUAUUUUCAAAACCGCCAAAUAAAACAAAAGCACUAGUAGUGCUUCAGAAUGUUAUCCAUUCUCCCACUGUUUCUGCAAGGUAAAACAUUUAAAGGUGAAUUCCAUGUUAGAAUUAAACCUUUUUUGGUUUUUAUGCACAAAAAAAUAAAAUGACAAAGACACCUGCUUUUCAAUUUAUUUAUUUUUGGGGGGGGUGGGGGCAGGACACACAUUUUAACUUGAUCAUGCCAGGAUAUAAACAGUCAAGAGCCUCUUAUUCUUUAGAUUGUGAGCUUGUUUGGACAGAGCUCUCUUCACCUACUGUUCCUGUAUGUUACACGUUUUGUUAGAAUUAAAUGUAGUCUACAGUGCUGCUGGUCUAUCAAGUCUGAAAUGUUUGGUGCAUGUUUAACCAAGCUUUGCUAGUAUUAAAAUGUCAAAGAGACACUGACUGCUAAAAGGGACACUGUAGGCACCCAGAUCACUUCAUCUCAUUGAAGAUAUGUGCCCCUAUUGCCUAAACCCUGCAAUGUAAAACAUUUCAGUUUUAGAGAACAAAUUUGUCUUAACUUUGCAUUGUUUACAAUGAAAAGUUAAGACAGUUUCUAGUGCAGGGAUAUACAACCUUUGGCACUCCAGAUGUUGUGGACUACAUCCCCCUUAAUGCUCUUACACACAUAAUGCUGGCAAAGUAUCAUGGGAGGUGUAGUCAAAAACAUCUUCAGUGCCGAAGGUUGCCUAUGCCUGCUCUAGUGGCUUUCUUCCAGAGGUGCCACUAGAGGUGCUUCCUGGUCGCUAACAGUUUAAUUCUGCUUUACAUGAGAACAUCUAAUAUUUUUAAAUUCCUCACGGAGAAGCAUUGAUUAAAUGCUUUUCUAUGGAGAAGCUCUAAUGCGCAUGCUCAGCAGUUGGCAAGGUUUUCAUUGCGAGAGGAGGCUAUUUAGCCAGUGCCAAGGAAGCCUUGGUGCUGGAAAGUGGUAUGUUAACAGUUUUCAACCCUUUAUUCACUAUGUGGGGAAAAACAGGGACAGAGACAGUAUAACAUUAGGAAUAAAAAUGUUGUAUUAGUAAUGAUAUAGUGUUCAUUUAAUGGUGUAGUGUUUCUUUGUCUCUUGCAGAGAUUAGAUAAGUGGCAGUUACUAGCUAACACAUGGGUCGUCAACCUGGUCCCUACCGCCCACUAGUGGGCGUUUCAGGAUUCCAGGUGGGCGGUAGGGAUUUCCUCAUUUUGAGAGAUUGGGUGGGCAGGCGGGUGCGAGACGGUGGUACCCCUGCGACUGGGUACCGCCGUCACCAUUUGCGUCCCCGGCCGCGCAGCAAACCACCGGGGCCCCCGUCCAAGUGAUCCAUCGGAUGGCCCGGGCUGUCGGGCCACCCGAUGGAUAUGGAUUGUCAGGGGGCCCGGUCAGCGCUGGGCGCUUCAACAGCGCGACCGGGCUACCUGUGAUGACAUCACAGAGCUGGGAGGAAGUGACUGCACGUCACUCCUCCCAGCUAACACACAGACCGCGCGGGAGGAAGCGGAGGGAGUCAGAGUGGGAACUCUGACUCCCAUCCACGUGAGCCACCACUGGACCCCAGGGAAUGUCACCACUAAAAUAUUUUGUGUGUCUUUGUGUGUGUGUGUCUUUGUAUGUUGUGUGUGUGUGUGUGUGUGUGUGUGUGUGUUUGUCUGUAUGUAUGUGUGACUUGUGUCUUUGUAUGUAUGUAUGUAUGUGUGUGUGUGUCUGUAUGUGUGCCUGUCUGUUUGUAUGUAUGUGUCUUGUGUGUGUCUGUAUGUAUGUAUGUGUGCUUGUCUGUUAUAGUGGGCUAUAGUAAGUAAUAGUAAGUGGGCUACCUAGCUCAGCCUUCCUACUGGGCAUUGCUAUAAGGAAGGUUAAAAAAUAGAAAAAAAAAGGUGGGGAGGGGAAUUGGGGAGGGAGAGGAGAUGAGCUGACGCACAGAUGAGAAAUCAUAUUAUGCGCAAACAGAGAAGUCGUCUGAAUAUCAUCGAAAGGAGACCUUCGUUUUGUUCCUUACGAAAAUCGAACCAGAUAUCAAAUAUUUAGUCUAGCAGCAUCAGCCUUAAUGAUCUAAUUAAUCACUAAUAAAGGUAAUUUCAAUUUACUUUAUUGUUUUCUCAUUAAACUUUAUAAAGUUAAAAACAUUAUAAACAUGCAUUAAGUAAAAAUAAAAAGAUAAAUGUACGUACUUUUUUUUUUUUUUUUUAAACACCCUCCUUUCUAAAAAAUAUUUCGCAGUUGCGCGAAAACUGGUGGGCGGUAAGGAAAUUUUUCCAUCAAGAAAGAUGCAUUUGUGGGCGGUAAGUAGAAAAAAGGUAGACUAUCACUGAGCUAACAUAUGAGAUAACAUUGUGUGUUUGGGCAAGGAUUAAUAUAACAGAGGUGUUACUGAGUGGCUGGUUUAUGUUUUUAAAUGAGUUGGUGGAUAUGGUGUAAUGUAGCUACUAUGGUCAAAUGUUUUCUGCCUGCUAAUAGUAGGAUAUACAGUGGGACCUCGGUUUACAAAUGCCUCGGUUAACAUAAUUUUCGGUUUACAAAUGAAAAUCCAUUGAAAAUAAUGCCUCGGUUUACAAUUUUUUUUUGUAAUACAAAGCACCUGGGAGGUUUAUAGCAUCGCCCACUGCAUGUUGGAGCCUAUGGGUAGCACGUGGCAUCGAGUGUGGAGGUGUUGGAGCGGCUUUUGCAUUGAGUUAUGGAGCCAUUUUGGAAAUUGUUUGCAGUUGUUUUGGGACUUUGGUGCAUUUCUCGAGCUGUGGAAAGGUAGGGAGCUGAGCUUUGUCGUUUGCAUGCCUUUUAUUGUGUGUUCUGCAUUGUGGGUUGGUUUCCAUGCCAGCUCAUUUUGACUUUUUUCUGACCUCCAGACCGGAUUAAUUGGUUUUCAAUGCAUUCCUAUGGGGAAACCACGUUUCAGUUUACAAAUGUUUUGCAAUAAGAAACGUCCCAGAGAACGCAUUAAAUUCUUAAACCGAGGUCCCACUGUAUAUCUUUUUGGUUGUUGAGAAAUUUUAUUUAGGUUUUUGAUGGGUGAUAUGUGUAUUAUGUUAUCAUCAGCUCUGGGAGCCGUCUUGCCUUCAGGGGUUAAACCGUUGCAAAAGUGGAUCCUCUGGUACCCAACACAACUGUCAGUAGCCUGAGAUCAUAGGAGGCUAGGGAUUGGCUGAGAGCAUAAGCUAAUGAUUGGAGUCUAUCACCGACUGCUUGGCAAAAUCUUCCUCAUACUGCAGAGGCAGUAAAGAAGCAGAAGUCAUCUUUGUUGGGCACCAAAGGUCAUACUUUGGGGUUACACUGUUGCAAAAUGGGUUACCUCUGAAAGUACCUCGGUACCUGGGCUCUUCUGCCUUCUUAACCACUUCAGGGAAUCAAAUUUCUGGUUGAGAAUUUGGACUAAACAAAAGUCUUGGACAGCAAUGUUAAACUUCAGAAGGUGUAUCCCAGCAAUCAGUAAUGUUUAAACUGCAUUUAACCAUGCGAAAAAGGUAGAAAUGUUCUGUGGCAGAAAACAAUUUUGCAGCUAGACUUGUGUACUGGAUAUGUUCUUUUUGCAAUCUACAAGUGGACCGCUCCAAAUGUACAAAUUGAGCCCUGGUAAAUACUGUAGUGCCAAAGCUGUAUUCCUGGCACUACCGCUGGAAUACCCUUUAUUUACUUACCUUUUACCAGAGCAGAUGUCCCUCAGCGCUGAGUCGAUUCUCUGUCCCCUCCUCAGUCCCACGAUUAGCAGGGUCUAAUGCGCAUGCGCGGUAAAUGCUAUGCAUGCUUUAGACCUCCCAUAGGAAUGCAUUGACUCAAUGUUUCCUAUUGAGAUAAAAUCUGACUAAAGGUCCAUUUCAACUCAGGAAGCCCUCUAGUAGCUUUCUGGUAGACAGCCACCGAGGGCAGACAGAGCUGCAAUGUAAACAUUGCAGUUUCUAUGGAACUGCAAUGUUUUACAUUGCAGCACUAAGUGCAAAAAGGACACCGUAACCAUCCAGACCACUUCAGAGAGCUGAAGUGGUCUGGGUGCCUACCGUGCCUUUUUUAAGUUUUCACAUGUGGCUUCAAAGUAGUAGGGAAUAUGGUACAAUGAUCUGGGUCUUAUAUGCUUCAGGACCAGACUGCUGCAAGCAGGAAGAAGUACAGUAACUGAGCGAUGUGUAUCAUUUAACUCUGACUGGAAUGACUCCUUUGUGGAUCCUGCUGUAAAGAAGUUUAGUGUCAUUCCCAGCAUCAUGUAUCAUUCAUCAUUAAUUGUGGGAAGGGACAGAGCUACAGCUGAACUACUUAACUGAGCGAUGUGUAUCAUUUAACUCUGACUGGAAUGACUCCUUUGUGGAUCCUGCUGUAAAGAAGUUUAGUGUCAUUCCCAGCAUCAUGUAUCAUUCAUCAUUAAUUGUGGGAAGGGACAGAGCUACAGCUGAACUACUUAAAACAUGCUUGCAUUUACAAUUUUUUUUUUUUUUUUUAAAUCAGGUGAUGCAAUAAUGUUGCUUUGCUCAAGUUAAAACAAAUAUAGCAUUUAAAGGAAUACUUUACGUGCAAUCACCAUUACAACUCUCUGUAGUGGUCAUGGUGCUAGGAGUGCCCUGCUGCCCUCCUUCUCUGGCAUCCUGUUGGAAGGUUUAGCUACUUGUUCCAGGGCACUUCUGGAAAUCUAAUCUCUACAACGGGUUGUAUUGUUUAUGGUAAUUGGAGUGAUGCUGGUAACAUUAGGGUAACAUUUUAUGACUAGAGGGUUGGUGAUUGCAUUGUGCAAAUUAUGGAUUAAUUUUAUUUUUCCAAAAUAAUACCUAUACAUCAGCUUUGAGCUUUGUUUACUGGACGUCCAGGAUGUCAUUUGGCCAGUCAGGUGCUUAUGGUUUAUAGAAUCUCAACUGUUUACCAUGUUUAAUUCAGCACUGAGCUUGUUAAAUGUAGUGGGAAAGGGGAUGGUUAGCAGAUUUCAAAGAGCUCUGUACACAGCCUCAAUUCUGUGCAGUGCACACAGUUCUGAGAGUUGUAGUUCUUUUAUCAGCAUUAUAUUUACGAAAGCUGAACUACCAGAAGCCUUUGCUGUGGUUUUUCGGGAGGACACAUGUGGUGCUGCUCAGGUUCAGGAACCAACUAGAAAGAAGUAUUUUAGAAUGGUGAAGACUAGUGAUGUCGCGAACCGUUCGCGAACUUGCCGCGAACGGUUCUCGGCAAACUCCGGUCAGCUGACACAUCCCUGACAAUCUCCGGCAGACCCGCCCUCCCAGACCCUCCUACUUCCUGCACAGCAUCCAUGUUGAAGGCAGCUUCAACAUGGAUGCUGUCCAGGAGGUGGGAGGGUCUGGGAGGGCCGGUCUGCCGGAGAUUGGCAGGGAUGUGUCAGCUGACCGGAGUUCGCCACGAACCGUUCGCGGCAAGUUCGCGAACAGUUCGCGACAUCACUAGUGAAGACUAUAAAAUGUUAGGGUACGGAAUGUGUUUUGCAAAAACUAGCCUACAUUAGGUUAUAAGCUCAAAAAUAAAUGUUUUCUAGCCAGUGCAUUCAAAACAGGAUCCAGAGUAAGCCCCCAAAUUAUCCUUAUUGGAGCAAAAAACCUAGCACAACUGCUUGCUUCCUUUUUAUUUUUUUUAGAUAUGCACCACCAAGUACAAAAAAAAACCAAAACUCUGAGCUCUGUUAUUUUUUUUUUACUUAUUGCUGCACUAAUCAAUACUGUUUCUCUAAAGCAAGAAAGCUUGACUAAUUAAAUAUGCAAUAUUUGACUAUUUUAAAAAUAAAUUACAAUUGGGAUUUUUCCAUUCUACUGGAACCCAAGGAGGAGUGGACUAAUGAGAGGUUCAUGAUUUGGAGAGGGACAUGAGUUAAAAUAUAUCUCUGCAUGCACAAAGAGACCUGUAUUCACACGACAUGACCCUUCACAUAAACAUGACUUCAUUCAAACACUCUCUAAAAAUGUAUCUCUGUAUAUACUUACACUUCACUAAUACUUUGCUCACACUAGGAAAUGGCAGAAACCAGUUACCCAGUAAUGUCCAUUUCAUUAUUGUCAAUGGUAGAGCUGACCAGAUCCCAUAAUGCUCCUCUCUUUAGGGCUUGUGGGAUGUGUAGGUCAGCACUUGGCAGUAUGUGUGCCCAGGGAGAAGUAUUGUUUCCUCCAUUGAUGUAAUUGUUUGAGAGUGAUUUUAUAGCUAAAGAGAUUUUUGCAAAUCUUGGCACUUGUGUCAGAAGGGUAACAGGAACAGGAGAUCUCCUCGCACCUUAACAUGCAAGCAUCCUUUAAAAAAAAUAAAAUAAAAAAUAAUGUUUUAUGGUGAUUGGCAUGUCUAUAUUCUUUGUAUGACGUGACAAGCGGCAGUAAUAAACUACUGUUGUAAGUGCAGAAUUAAUGUGCAUGUCAAUACUAUUUGCAUAAUGCAACAUAUUUUUAGUACAUCUAGUUUGUAGUAUUCCUUUAAUCAGUUGAUAAUAGCUAGUUUACCUAUCUUCUAUUAAAUAAACUUCCCUUUGAGUGGACACACUAUUACAGUCGCAAGAAAAAGUAUGUGAACUCUUUGGAAUGAUAUGGAUUUCUGCACAAAUUGGUCAUAAAAUGUGAUCUGAUCAUCAUCUAAGUCACAACAAUAGACAAUCACAGUCUGUUAAAACUAAUAACACACAAAGAAUGAAAUGUUGCCAUGUUUUUAUUGAACACACUAUGUAAACAUUCACAGUGCAGGUGGAAAACGUAUGUGAACCCUUGGAUUUAAUAACUGGUUGAACCUCCUUUGGCAGCAAUAACUUCAACCAAACGUUUCCUGUAGUUGCAGAUCAGACGUGCACAACGGUCAGGAGUAAUUCUUGACUAUUCCUCUUUACAGAACUGUUUUCAGUUCAGCAAUAUUCUUGGUGAUGUCUGGUGUGAAUCGCUUUCUUGAGGUCAUGCCACAGCAUCUCAAUCGGGUUGAGGUCAGGACUCUGACUGGGCCACUUCAGAAGGCGUAUUUUCUUCUGUUUAAACCAUUAUGUUGUUGAUUUACUUCUAUGCUUUGGGUCAUUGUCCUGUUGCAACACCCAUCUUCUGUUGAGCUUCAGCUGGUAGACAGAUGGCCUUAAGUUCUCCUGCAAAAUGUCUUGAUAAACUUGGGAAUUAAUUUUUCCUUCAAUGAUAGCAAUCCGUCCAGGCCCUGAUGCAGCAAAGCAGCCCCAAACCAUGAUGCCCCCACCACCAUACUUCACAGUUGGGGUGAGGUUUUGAUGUUGGUGUGCUGUGCCUUUUUUUCGCCACACAUAGUGUUGUGUGUUUCCAAACAACUCAACUUUGGUUUCAUCUGUCCACAGAAUAUUUUGCCAGUGCUGCUGUGGAACAUCCAGGUGCUCUUGUGCAAACUGUAAACGUGCAGCAAUGUUUUGUUUGGACAGCAGUGGCUUCCUCUGCGGUAUUCUCCCAUGAAAUCCAUUCUUGUUUAGUGUUUUACGUAUUGUAGAUUCGCUAACAGGGAUGUUAGCAUUUGCCAGUGACUUUUGUAAGUCUUUAGCUGACACUCUAGGAUUCUUUUGCACCUCAUUGAGCAGUCUGCGCUGUGCUCCUGCAGUCAUCUUUACAGGACAGCCACUCCUAGGGAGAGUAGCAGCAGUGCUGAACUUUCUCCAUUUAUAGACAAUUUGUCUUACCGUGGACUGAUGAACAGCAAGGCUUUUGGAGAUACUUUUAUAAUCCUUUCUAGCUUUAUGCAAGUCAACAAUUCUUAAUCGUAGGUCUUCUGAGAGCUCUUGUGCAAGGCAUCAUUCACAUCAGGCAAUGCUUCUUGUGAAAAGCAAACCCAGAACUGGUGUGUGUUUUUUUUUUAUAGGGCAGGGCAGCUGUAACCAACACCUCCAAUCUCAUCUCAUUGAUUGGACUCCAGUUGGCUGACAUCUCACUCCAAUUAGCUCUUGGAGAUGUCAUUAGUCUAGGGGUUCACAUACUUUUCCCACCUGCACUGUGAAUGUUUACAUGGUGUGUUCAAUAAAAACAUGGCAACAUUUCAUUCUUUGUGUGUUAUUAGUUUAAGCAGACUGUGAUUGUCUAUUGUUGUGACUUAGAUGAUGAUCAGAUCACAUUUUAUGACCAAUUUGUGCAGAAAUCCAUAUCAUUCCAAAGGGUUCACAUACUUUUUCUUGCAACUGUAUUUUUGUUUGUUUAUUUAUUUUUUAUAAACAAUCUUUUAUAAUGAAUAAAGUACAACCUCACAAUUUAAAAAACAAUACCUGAUGCAGUGGACACAUUUUAAAAGAGCUCAGUUAUUUAUAAUAGAGGGAUACAAAAAUGUGUACCCUUCUAGUUGUGCAUGCCUAUGAAGUAGAGAUAUUUGUAGCUCUGAAAUUCUGCCACUCUCCUUCUCAUCUGGUUUUCUCUAUUUUGUGUACAAUACAUCUGAAUAUACUUAGGGCUUUCACUGAAAUGCCAGAUUGCCCAGAAGGCUUUAGGCACAGUUAGCCAUGCUUUUAUGAUGGAUCAUUUUUGACAUACCGCUUAGUUAAAACAGCUUUACCAGGGAUUCAUGUAGAACUUCCUUCUUUUUUUGUGGGCUUUAGUGGUUAACUGCAUUAAUGUUAUACGUGACUUUAAAUGUGUUAUCCCAUGGAAAUCAUAAACACUGUAAUUUUUUUGCUGACUAUAUUACUAUGAAUGCAGUAGCUCAAAAGAGUGUAGAAUAAACACAACAUUGAGAUGUCCAUAUUACUUGCGAAAUUGUAUUGGAAAUUAAGAUUUUUCUUUGUGCAUCUGCACAGACACACUUUAACCCUAAUAAAUUGUUUUAAACUAGAAAAAAAAAAACUAAAUAUAUAUUUUCUGGUUGAAAUAUGCCCUGUAGUUAUAGUAUGGAUAUGUGUAUUGAUGUGCAUUUUAGUAUAUUUACAGAUUUUACUGAAUCUUAAAAUUUAUUCCAACAAAAAUGCUGACACAUUAAAUUUUGGUUUUAUGCAAUAUUUUUUAGGUGACACAAGAAAUGGGAUUGUGUCUUGAUUAUUUAUUCCGUUAUUAGAAUGAUCUGUACUGUACCAUUUUACUGUAUAAUUAAGUAAUUUUAUUUGCCCUUAGAACAUGGCUAUACCUCCAAGUUACGCUGAUUUGGGAAAAUCUGCUCGAGAUGUCUUCACCAAAGGUUAUGGUAAGUGUUGGCAGUAAAAAAGGCUUACCCAUCCUAUUGGUGGGGGAAGGGCAGAGGGUUACAUAGGUGUAGAUGAGUACAAUCUGGUUAAUGAAGUGAGCACAGCUUACAUAAAAGGGGAAUGAUUCCCAAUUCUAAUUGGUCAGCGCUUGUGGCUGAUCCAUAUUCCUCACAGCUCCAGGAGAUAUUGGCUGUGUAAACCUCUCCAUAGAAACUCUUGUUAACUUUUUCAGUGCUGGCCUUAUAACCUUUUAUUUGUGAUUGCAAUUGAAAAUUCUGCUACUCUCUCUCUUUCUUUUACCUCUAAGUCAAAGAAAUUUAAAAAUAUAACCAUAUAAAGAUUUAUUGGGGAGGUUUAUGAAGAUAUUUAGAAAACAAUGCUUUAUUAUAACUUGUCAGAUAUAUUUUCCAUGUUCCAUUAAAACACAGAUUUGUACAUAUAAGUACAAAAAUAAAGAAAUAACCCCCCUCCCCCCAAAGUUGAACGCAAAAUAAUUUCUAGGCAGAGUUGUUGGGGACAAAGCCAUAAUGUGUAGGCACUCUCACUCUUAGGCCUGAUUUGUAAGUCUCUAAUGAAAGACAUAUUCGGGGGGAGGGUUUGCCUCCCCUUGCCCAAUUCAGCAAACGCUAAUGCUGGUUAUACUAAAAUAAUGGAGACAGAGAAUGAGGAGGCUGACAAUAUGCAUUCAAAAUAGAAGAGCAAUGAAUCAGAAAUCAAGCUUGGAGUGUGUGUUGGAGACAUUCAGAACUCUCUGUACUCCUCUGUACAAAUCUAACAUUCUGGGGAAAAAAUAAUCAGUUUUUGAAAGCAUGUAUGCAGUAAACAGAGUAUAUGCUGCAUUUGUGCAUGGGGUGUACAUGUGUAGGUAUACUGCACAUGCUACCAAACAAACCCUAAUAAAAACAUUACAUAUCCUCUUACAUGAUUACAUAAUCUUAACACCAAAUUGAAUUUUGAUUGCUGAUGCAAAAUCUAAAUUUCUUUCUUCAUUUCAGGUUUUGGCUUCGUAAAGCUUGAUAUGAAAACGAAAUCUGAAAAUGGAUUGGUAAGUAUAGGGAAAAAACCUUUUUAGCACAUGAUCUUAGAGAAAUACUAUUGGCACCUAGAUCACGUCAUCUCAAUGUACCAUGUCACCCCUAUUUUAACCACGCAGCUAUAUUGCUGUUCUGCAGGUACAGCAAUGUUGACAUUGCAGGGUUAUCAUUCCUCUGGCGGCUGCAAUACUGUCAGCCACUAGGCACUCUUUUGCAAACAUAGGCGAUUCUGGUUUGUUUUUUAAAAAUAUAUUUUACAUAGAAUGGCGAUGUUUAUAUUUCCUGUAGAUAUAUAUUUUAUCCCACCUGUAUGCUUUUUUUGUUAAUAUACUCAAUAUACUUAACCCCUUAAGGACUGGACUGUUUUUGCGAUGUUGUACAUUUGCGACCAGGAAUAUUUUUACACUUUUCUGGUGUUUGUGUUUGGCUGUAAUUUUCCGCUCUCUCAUUUACUGUUCCCAUACAAAAUAUAUUGUUUUUUUCAGGACAAAAGGGGCUUUCUUUACAUACCAUUAUUUAUAUAAUCUCAUGUAUUUUAAUUUAAAAAAAAUAAAAAAAUCUGAUGAAAAAUUGAAAAAAUACAUGUUUUUUGACUUUUACUUGAAAAAUCUUUUACUCAUCUACAAAAGCAAAUGAAAAAAACUGCUAAAUAGAUUCAAAAUUUUGUCCUGAGUUUAAAAAUACCUAGUGUUUACGUGCUUUUUUGCUUUUUUUUGCAUGUUAUAGGGCUAUAGGUACAAGUAGGAUAUUGCGGUUUCAAAACAUACAUUUUUAAAAUUUAUCAAUAGUGACAUUGUAACACUAUUAUCUGUCAUAAAUCUCUGAAUAACACCCCACAUGUACAUAUUUUUUUUAAAGUAGACAACCCAGGGUAUUCAAUAUGGGUUAUGUCCAGUCUUUUUUAGUAGCCACUUAGUCGAAAACACUGGCCAAUGUAAGCAUUCAUAUUUGUUUGUGUGUGAAAAAAGUAAAAAAACUAAAUUGAACGCUAAUUUUGGCCAGUGUUUGUGACCAAGUGGUUACUAAAAAAGACUGGACAUACCCCAUUUGCAAUACCUUGGGUUGUCUUCUUUUGCAAAUGGUAUGCCAUCAUGGGGGUAAUUCUCAUUCCUGGGCUACCAUACGCUCUCAAAGGCAACGUAACCAACCUGGCCAUUUUCAAUGUAAAAAUAUUUGACCCAUAUAUUUGACCUUGUAACUUUCAAAAAUGCUAUAAAACCUGUACAUGGGGGGUACUGUUUUACUCGGGAGACAUCGCUGAACACAAAUAUUAGUGUUUAAAAACUGGAAAACGUAUCACAACAAUUAUAUCAUCAGUAAAAGUGCUGUUUGUGUGUGAAAAAUGCAAAAAAAGUAACUUUCACUGACAAUAUCAUCGCUGUGAUAUGUUUUACUGUUUUGAAUCACUAAUAUUUGUGUUCAGCGAAGUCUCCCGAGUAAAACAGUACCCCCCAUGUACAGGUUUUAGGGUGUCGUAGAACGUUACAGGGUAAAAUACAGUGCUAGCAAAUUAAAUUCUCUGGAAUUUCGGCCUGGGUUGGCAGGCAGGUCCCUCAAAUUGCAAUCAAUAAAAUUACUGAAUUAUGUAAAAAUAUUACAUAAAUACGCACGUAGAAUUUAAAUAUAUAUGCAUAUUUAUAUAUUUGAAGUCUACGUGUAUAUUUAUAUAAUUAUUUAUGUAAUUUUGUAUAUGGACAUAUGUAUAUUUCGUAUUAUUUUUAUUUAUUUUUAUAUAUAUAGAUAUAUAUACAACAUCAUUCUAAGUGUAUUUUGAUAUAAAUAUAUAUAUAUUAAUUUUAAAAUACAGUUAGAAUAAAAUUUCAUAUAGCUAUAUAAUUUUUUAAAAUUUUUUUAUUAUUUUUAAAAAAUUUUAUUUAAUUUAAAUUACUUAUUAUUUAUAUUUUAUAAUAAUAUAUAUAUACAAUCUAUAUAGUUAUUAUAUAUAUUAUAUAUAUACGUGUGUAAUUUAAUUAUAAGUGUAUUUUUAUAUUAAUAUAAGUACAUAUUAAUAUAAAAAUACACUUAGUAUGGCAUUAUAUAUAUGAUAUAUAGACAUAUAUUAUAUAGAUAUAAUAUGUCUAUAUAUCAUAUUUAUACAUAUAUAAUUAUUAUUAUUUUUUUUAUUACCAUUAACUUUAAUUUUUUUUCUGAUUUUACAGUUGCAGGGAGACUGCCUGUCAGCACAGGCAGUCCCCCUGCAGGCAGCACUAUGGACACCCAUUGUGACCAUGUGAUCGCUGUGUUAAGCGAUCACAUGGCCCCAGGGGUCCUAAAUCAGUGUGGGGAGACUGUCUGGGCUGCAGGCAGUCUCCCCACAACCGGAGCCACGCUGAUCGCCGCCGGGGGAACGACGGCGAUCAGGUAAGUAACGGAAACCGUUAGGACGGUUCAGGACCGUCAUCGGUCCUCAAUGGGAAAAUCCCGAUGACGGUCCUGAACCGUCCUCGGUCGGGAAGGGGUUAAUAUACAUGGGCUUAUUGUAAACGAAGGUCAAAAUGCUUAAAGGAACACUCACACAACUUAAAGGGACUUUCUUCCCUCAAAACUUGAUUUUAAUAAAAUUGUUCUGAGGGCUGUAGUCCCUGCCCUCUGAGUUUCCCCUUCUCUGUUCGACCACCAUACUGCAGAAAAGGAAGAGCAUUGCUCAGCAAGAGCAUUGCUGAGAGCAUUACGCACUCUCAAUGCAUCUCUUAUGGCAAGCGUUAGAUUGGCUGAGAUCAUAAAUACUGAUGAUCUCAUCAAAGGUGAGUGGUAGCGAGAUUGUCAUUUGGCAGGGAUAAAAGAUCAGAAAAUCUUGUUUUACUUCUAAAUGAGUCUCUAAAUCACAGUGAAUAAGCUGUUAUGUUAAAAUUACAUAUACUUGCAUUUCUAAGCGUUUCUAUUAAAUGUUCUUGCAUUUGAUUUGAUUAAUUCAUCAACCUAUAUAUCUCGGUUUUCAGUAGGACUCUAUUUAAUAUCCGGAUAUGUGAUGUAAAGUAAAAAGUAAAUGUCCUACUUCUUGUGGCCUCUGGAGAACAUCUGGAACAUUUAUAGAGCAAGUUUUUGGAUUAAACACUUUUCUCUUUUACAGGAAUUUACAAGCUCAGGUUCAGCAAAUGCAGAAACAGGAAAAGUUAGUGGCAGCUUGGAAACUAAAUACAAGUGGUCAGAAUAUGGUCUUACAUUCACAGAAAAGUGGAACACAGACAACACACUGGGAACAGAGAUCACUGUAGAAGAUCAGGUAUUUAAUAAACUAGACUGAUUUCUUACAUGAAAACUACUUUUCUUUUUAUGAACAUUGUAAACGAAACUGCCAAAUUUCUUUUCUGUUCAGCUUGCCCAAGGAUUGAAGUUGACCCUUGACUCCUCAUUCUCUCCUAACACUGGGUAAGAAUAUUAAUCCAAACAACUCUUUUCUGUUUUUUUUCUCUUUACAGAAAGAGAAAUGUAUUUUGCAGCAAAAGCAUACAGACUAAUCAUGAUAGACUGCAUCCUAUUGGAAAAUUAAUUUCUUUACAAUGUGUAGUACUACAAUUCAUGCUGAUACACAUAAAGACACAUAUAUACUGCACACAUACACACUGAUUAGCCACAACAUUAAAACCACUGACAGGUAAAAUGAAUAACUACUGACAAAUAACUGAAUGGCACUUGUCAAGAUCACACAUAAGAGCUAUUGUAGCUUAAAUUACCAAAAUGGUGUUGUUUCACAGUGCAUCAGAGUUUGCUGCAAAUGUGGCGGCAUAGUCACAGACAGGCCAGAAUGCCCAUGAUGACCCCUGUCCAUUGUCGAAAGUGCCUUCAUUGGGGGACGUGAGCAUCAGAGCUAUACAUAGUACAAUGGAAGAAGGUUAACCGGUCUGAUAAAUCACGCUUUCUUUUAGAUCAGGUGGCUGGCCGUGUUUGUGCGUGUUGUUUACCUUGGAAGAGAUGACAUCAAGAUGCACUAUUGGAAGAAGGCAGGCGGUAGCAGUGUUCUGCUCAGGGCAAUGUUGUGCUGGGAAACCUUGGGUCCUGGCAUUCUUGUGGAUGUUACUUUGACAUGUACUACCCCUUCAUUGCAGACUACGUACACCCCUUCAUGGCAAUGGUUUUCCCUGAUGACAGUGACCUCUUUCAGAAGGAUAAUGCACUUUGCCACACUGCAAAAAUUUUUACGAAUGGUUUGAGGAACAUGACAAAUUGUUCAAGGUGUUGCCUUGGCUUUAAAAUUCUCCAGAUCUCAGUCCACCUGAAUAUCUGUGGAAUGUGCUGGAACAGUAAAUCUGAUCUUAAAGGAUCUUCUACUAAUAUCUGGUGCCAGGUACCACAGGACGCAUUCAGAGGUCUUGUGGAGUCCAUGCCUUGAUGCAUCAGAGCUGUAUUUUUACACCUGUCAAAUUGCGUAGCAUGUGCAUAGAGAAAAGAUUUGAUACACGAAACCCAAAAAAAGGUUAUGUCAACACUAUGCUAGUUUGUUAUGCCAAGAAUUAAAUCUGUUAAAUAUAUAAUUGAAAAAGGUUAACACAAGUCAUAGAUUAGUUUCAAUGUUUUGUUUAGUGGUGUAGAUUUCAGAGAACUAACAGUUCUCCUUUAAGACUCUUGCGCUUUGUAAACCUGAGACCAGACCAAACUUGUUGAGAGUGGUGGCUCAUUGUUAUGACAUUAUUACAAAACUAUGUUGUAACUUUCUGUUAGGGGCUCUACAAUCAACUCUCAAAUAAUUCUAUGAGCCAUAGGACGAUGGCAUCUUAAAGAAAUAUGAUAAUUUAACAAAUAGAUGUUCAUAUUGAGCACUAAAUAGCUGGGUUUAAUCUUUUGGACCAAUACCUAAAAGAAAUGUAGCCUUGUAAAUUAAGAUAUAUUUGACAUGUUGAUGACUGCAUGACAUGGUUGCACAUACUAUCAAAGCAUGACGUCACCUGGCAUUUAUUCAAGGUAGAAGCGUAUAAGACUUCACGCUUCCAGUCAUUAAAAUCUUUACAUUAACUAGCAACUAUCAUCUUGAUAUCUGCUUAUUAUGAAACACCAUACUUGGUAUAGGGUCAGACAUAAUUAAAGAGACAUUCCAGACCCCUAAAGCACUUUAACCCAAUGAAAAGCUUUGUGUGAAGAGCGUGUCCUAUUUUUUUUCAUUUUGCAAAAAGUGUAGAUUUCAAUAGAAAUGGACUAUUUAAAAAAAUUAACCUCGUUACACGCUCCCAGCUUUCAAGCAGACAACAGGGGAGCCAGAAGCUUAGGGCUUAGCUUAUUGGCUGACAUGGCAACGCUGAAGCUCUAAGACAGUGAUCCAGCCCUGCACUGUACUGCUCAGGGGGGCAAACAGAAACUCCAUGUAGGAGACCAGUGAAAAUGAUCAAACUGUUCAUCACUACUGGCACCAUAACUAAUACAGCAUGCUGUAGUGUUUAUGAUCCUUGGAAUGUUCCUUUAAGUUAGACUUUAAUUAUCUGUAUCUGCAGUGCAUUAAUACCUAUGGAAGCUUAAUUAUGAGGUAUAAUUAAACCUCUGAGCAAAGGGUACAACUAUUGAUUUCAUUGGAAUGUUUAUUUUAAACCUGUGAGUUAAUAAAAAUACUGGUUCGACUCCUCAAGAUUUGCCAAAUGUAAUUGUUCUGAUUAAAUUAUUUGACUAUGUAAUAAUUAACAGCACUUGGGGACCUUAACAGAGUUGGCAAUAAAAUGAAAAUAUUUAUUUUUCAUCCCUCGUUAAUGUCUAUGUACAGCCAAGUUCUUGAGAAAAUUGUUUUGAAAAGCUUCUUACACUUAGAAUACUUGUCAUCAAAUCAAUUGGAACAUAAAUUAGAGAAGCAUUGAGAUCAGAUGUAUGCAUUUGUCUUGGGGAGAACUUCAAAAUGUCUGUAAAUUGGGAUUUUUGUUCAUUUAGUCAGAAAAAGAAAUCUACCAUAUGGCUCACUGACUGAAUGUCAUUCGGUAAUCACGUACGCAACACUGCAUCCAAUGAGCAGUUUUCUGACCAAUCCUGUGACCAAAAUAAUGGACCAAUCAUUGUUGAUAUUGAUUGUUUUAUUGCUAUCUUGAACUUUAAAAGGGAUGGCAUUGACAAUCUGUAAAUAGGACUACUUGUCAGUUUUUUUUUAAAUUUAAUUUACUGUUGCUGGAACACUAAGAGAGUGAACUGGCAGCAUUGUGUUGGUAGUUUUUCUACUGAGAGAAACUGAGCUAGUGUCAGAAUUAUAGUUGAUCCAGCACGCAGAAUUGUAUCACACCUAAAGACUAAGGAUAACUUCUAACCGGACCUUAGAAUGGCCAGACUUAACGUAGCUGACAAGAGUCAAAAUACUCGCCGAGGUCAGGGACACAGAAUGCCAGAGCGAUCACAUGGGCACAAUAGCUGCCUGCAGGGGGACUGCCUGGUUAUGUCAGACAGUGCCCUUGCUGGUGGUAAAUGUAAAAAAAAAAAAUUAAUAAUAAUUUAGAUUAAUUUAAAAAAUAAAUAAAUAUGUAUGUAUGUAUGUAUUAAGGCAAUUUGCCAGGAUUUGUGGGAGGUGCUGGUUUGCUACCCCUAGCCUACUUAAGGCACUCCCCUUACCUGGCUCCUUACCGUUCGAGGUCAGUGUUGAUCCACUUCCGGGUUCUCUCAGAUGCCAUCUUGGUUUCAGUAUCCACUAGGUUUUACCGUGAUAGCUGUGUCCAGGAAUCCUGUUCAGGCCUUUUCUGCCCGUUCAGCUUCUUCUGACCCCGGUCUUCGUCGUAGAUCGCGUCCCAGGGACUCCUAAACCGUAAGUCAGACCUACCUGUCACGCCAGGACCGGUUCCCAUGGCGUACGGUACAGCACGGGUCCUCUCUUUACGGUUUUCCCUAUUAUGUCACGAAUGGUACAAGCCGUUCGUGGGUUUUUCAUUCAUACUGUCAUUCGGCUGAACAGUAUAUUCGUAAAAAUAGUCAUUUCGCAUAUAACUAUUCCAUGUUACAUUGAAACGGAUUAUCAAUUCGGUUGUUUUGCCGUUCGGCAAUUUUCAAUACACGUUUCAAACACGCUUGCGGUUCGCAUAAGUUCAUACGUUUAAACUAUUCGUUCCAACUUCUGUUUUCCCUCACAUUGGGUUUCGGUUGUAUUUCUAUGAAUUACGCAUAAUCCUUUCGUGGAUUAUAUUCACGUUUCAUGUAUAUACAUUCGGUUAACAAAUUGCUUGUUUAAAUAGACAGAUUAUUUCUAUUACCCUUUAAAUGUUUCAGUAUUGUAUUAUGUCCAUACAACCAAGCUUUCAGGGGUCUGCAUUACUUAUCCAUUUAUCCACAUGGACUCAGCCUACAUUACAGGCCUUAUUUCUGUGUUAUUACUACACAUACAAAAGGAUACAGUUUCAUUUACAAGCAAUAAAUUCUCGGGUUGAAUCACGUACUGAUCCAACCAAUCAUACGUCUUUUUCAAUACAGAUUUAUCAUAUAUAUACAUCACUUUGCAUCACUUUAAGCAUUUUUUGUAUCCCUGCCCCUUUUAUUAUUCUACUACAUAUCACACAUAACGCUGUGUAAAGUAGGCCAUGACCCUCAUCCAUGUUCUUUUCUAUUAAACCAGCUACAUUUCUGUAUGGAUAAUUGAACUCCCACGCUUACAGGAGUUUUCAUAAUUAUCCAUUUUCAUUUCAAUUAACUCAGCCUACAUUACAGGCCUCAUUUCUUUGUUAUGACCAUGACACAUAAGGCUUUAAUUCCUUUUCAUGCAUACUCGGGUUGAAUCACACAUACUGAUCCAACCAAUCAUACGUUUCCUGCACAGUAAUAUACACAUAUAUAUAUAACCUACAUUUUAUGUUUCCCUUACACACCAUUAUCAUAUAACAAAUAUGUUGUUUGUACAUAGGCCAUGGCCUCCCUCAGAUGUCUUAUUUAAGCAUGACAACAUUUCUGAGUAACUCAUAUCUAUUCCCAUGGUAUCAACAUUUUCAAAAACAUUGCUGCUACAGGUCUGUUUUCUUUCCAACAAUCCACACUCAUCAUACUACUCUCUUUUACCCAUUUCAGGCUGUCAAGCUUAUAUAUAUUUGCUCCACACAGUUUAUUCCUGUGAAUUUGUCAUACUACCAGGUACGUACACCUGCUCAUAUGGUAUUCUACCAUACAUUUCAUUUCGUCCCCCUAGGUACUGGCAAUAGGGUCACAGGCUUCCCAAUAGGUAUUUACCCCGUCUUGGCAGUUGCCAUCAGUUAGUGGUCCCGCGAGGCCAACACCCCGCCUCAAACGUUUCAGAGGCAAACACCCAUCGGGCCACACGUUAGCUAGCCGCCUCGCAUGUUGCAUAGAGAGGGCCUCACCUGUCACUCCCUUCCCCUGUUUUCUGUCUUACAGUCACCGAGAGGCCUAAAACUCCUGCCACUACGUCGAGUGGCCUCAAUAACCCCUCGCGCCAACGCAUAGAUAGAGCCUCUCAAGCCGCUUGGCAAUUAGCAGGGCCUCAUCUGUCACCAAACAAGUAUAAUGUUUCGCCAUCCGGCCUAGCUAGCCUGCCAGUACAAUUUGGUGGUUUCAUAUACUAAUUAAUUGUUUUAUUUAUAGUAUGUCUCAGGAAGGGGUAGAGGAUUUCUCCCUGCCUAGCACCCCGGCUAGAGCUGUCACUCCCACACAAGGAGGAGAGUUAGCUAGUCCAGCAUCGAUCAGAUCUUGGACGAUCCCGCAUAUAACCACAAAUCCCCUACCCCGCUACAGCAAGGAAAGCAGAACUUUUUAAACUGCUACGCACAUUGACAAAUAACAUGGAUGCCGGGGAAGGACCUAGCCAGUCCAACCCAGGAGACAUACAUGCCAUGUUAUCCUCACUCAUGGCGUCCAUGAGCAAGGUCAACUCCAAGGUCAACUCGGUCACCACUGCCCUUACUCUAGUAGGGCCACCCGCUGCUGCUUCACAAGCACCAGCCGACUUGCCAUUAGUUGCUCCAGCCAUCACCCUGAAUGACCAGGAAGUUAGCCCGGCUCAUAUGAUACCUGAGCACAUAAAAAGGGAUAUCCUGGAAGGUAAAAACGUCAACCUGGCUUCCCUGUUGAUUGCCUCCCAGGAUAUUGUUGAGAAUAAGAUGUAUGCUUAUGAUGAUGUAUCUGUUGUUGUCAGAUCUAGGGAUGCCCGCCUGAACAGGAAACUGACUAUCCCUGAAUUUGUACUAGCUUUUGGUAUUUACAGGGAUGUCAUCUGUGCGGUCUAUCCCAACAGAAGAGAGGAGUUUCAUCUCUAUAUGCACAAGCUGGUAGACCUGGGCAACAAAUAUGGUGGUUCAGCCUUCUAUGACUACCAUAGGUCUUUUUCUGCAAAAGUGUCUGGAGCCUUCUCCCAGUACGGUACACGAUCCAACUGGGGAAGGAUUGAUACUGUCUUAUUUUGCAGACACUUUGCAGGUCUAAGAACACCGGCUUGUGCAUACUGCUCCUCCACAGCCCAUACUACAAAUUUUUGUCCCAACACGGCGGACGGACAUGCCUCCACGCAAGGAGCUAGUUCCUCUCGGGAUCCAGGGAAGUUGUCAAGAGACAAACUGGGACGCCCAAUCAAGUUUCUGGGCAAGUCCCAGAUAUGUAAUAAUUUCAAUGUUGGGUCUUGUAAUUACAGUGGAUGUAGACUAUUGCAUGUCUGUUCAAAAUGUUUUAGGGCACAUGCAAAGACCAUGUGUCCAAAUAAAAUGUAUUCCAAGCCUUACCUAACGUCCAUUAAUAUGCCAUUUGUGACGAAGUGCUGUUCGCCACUUGUGCCUGGAGAGGACUGCUUGCCCGCCUCUUGCCCUGUGACUAUGGCCCCUGGGAUGUAUUGCCCUUUAAAGACAUGAUUUGGGCAUAAUGGAUUUGUGUUGUGCUGCUGCUGGCCCUUUAAGAACCAUCUGGGGACAUACUGUGGAGUUACUGGGUGGCCACCAUUUCCUGUAUCAGAAGCACAUGGUGAGAACAAUGGAUGGCGGCCAUUUUAACUCACAGACACUGUUUGGACUUUUCAACACGGUGCCAUCUCUCCAGUAUUUGGUGCACAGAGACAUCGUGCAGUGGUUUUGGACUAUACAGCAGGGGACACAUUAUAAAGUGAUUGUUUUUCAUUUAGCCUGUAUAUGUUCUGCAGAAUCUGCAUUAAACUGUAUUUUCCAAAGUACUGAACGGAUCUGGGUGAAUUUUGGAUAUGUGGUUCACCCAGAUCCCCCAGUUCCAAUGAUAUACUUUUUAUGGGGUUAUUGCAUGUUUUGGGGUCCCUGUGUGUUUUAUGAAACUGUAUUAUUUCUGGCCAGCAGAUAAUUGAGCUUUGUGUAUUGUAGAAACUCAAUUAUCUAGCCUGGCCCAGAGGAGGAGUUUUGUGUUGCAUAAAUUGUGAGUUCUGUGUGCCAGUAAAUCAGUCUUGUUCCAGCAUUAAGCCUUGGCUCAUGUUUGGGGGAAGGGAUACCUACACUCUGGGGAUUGCUAUAAUCACUUACUCCCCAGAGGAAGCUCUUGCAAUAGCUUGAUUUGUUCCUGUUCCUGCUCUCUGGGGAAAGAGAGGUUCACCCACUGGAAGCUGGAUCCUGGCCUUGGGUCCAGGGUGGGUGGAAACAGCAGAGACCCCGGCGCAGUUGCAUCGCUGGAAGUGGGGUCUGCAGUGCUGAUGGUGUCGGUUGGAGUGCUUGGAGUCCUCAGCGAGCGCUAGGAGCAUCGAUUGGCGGAGGUACUCAGUCGGAGUGCCAGCGGUCCGUCACACCAUUAUUCACGGCAUUUAUGUCUCAGGACCCAUCUAGACACCUAGUAGACUUUCUUAUCUGUGGUUUAACAGAAGGCUUCCAUACAGGUAUCCUACACAUACCAGCUGGAACUCUGGAAUACCCUAAUCUACAAUCCGCCCAACACAAUCCCACAGCGGUUGACAUCCUCAUAGCCCAAGAAGUGGAUGAGGGCUUCGUAUUGGGGCCUUUUAGAACUUCUCCAUUCAUAGAAUGGCGCACCAACCCCAUUGGUAUUGUCACAGGGAAAUCUUCCCAAAAACAGAGACUCAUCAUUGACUUAUCGGCACCCCACUCAUCGGCCAACCCCAGUCUUAAUUCCCUUAUUCCCUCUGAGGAAUUUUCUCUGCAAUACACCAGCAUAGAUCACGCCAUUACCGCUAUCAUACAAGCAGGGGUUGGAGCCUGGCUCAGUAAGACCGAUAUUACUAACGCCUUUAAAUUACUCCCAAUCCACCCCACACUGUGGCACCUCCAUGGCAUCAAGUGGUCCGGGAACUACUACUUUUUCUCCCGGUUAACUUUUGGGUCCAAAAGUAGCCCAGCUAUUUUUGACACAUUUGCCGAAGCAUUAUGCUGGUUACUAUUGAACAUAGCCAGAUGCCCUACGGUAUUACAUUAACUGGACGAUUUCCUACUGGUCGAGGAGAAUAUUUCGCCUCCCACAAGUCUCAAAGCUACCACUAAGCUAUUUGAGCCAGACACGGUUGUCACUUUUCUGGGUAUCCAUUUAGACUCCGCCACAAUGCAAGCAAGCCUACCAUACGAUAAGAUAGAGAAUAUUCUCAGUUACAUAAACAGCUACCUUCAGCUCGGUACUUGCAACCGCAAAGAGCUACAGUCCCUGCUAGGGUCACUUAAUUUUGCUAUGCGCAUCAUACCUCAAGGCCGCUCCUUUAUAUCACUACUAUUGCAUCUUUUCCCACUUUUCCUACAUGACACGCACAGGUUGUCCUUAGAUACCCAAGCUACGGCAGAUCUAAACAUGUGGAAGAAAUUUCUAACCACUUGGAAUGGUAAAAGUAUGUUCCUCCCUCAAUUGACUGACUCAUCUCCUACCAUUUGGUCAGAUGCGGCAUUUACCACUGGUUUUGCAGCAAUUUUUGGGAACGAAUGUCUUUGGGGCAGCUGGCCUUCAGCAGUUCAGGAUUUGGAAGGUUUUUCCACUACUUCAGCUCUUUUUGAUAUCUGUUCCAUCGUGGCGGCUGACGUAGCAUGGGGUAAUUUAUGGGCUAAUAUGCCAGUGCGUUGUUACUCAGACAACCAGGCAACCUGUCACAUCAUCAACAAAGGUCGUUCCAAAUCCCUUACGAUCAUGAGAUUUCUAAGGAAACUCACUUGGUUGGCAGCUUGUCAUAAUUUUUCCUAUGUUGUUUCCAUGUUCCAGGUGUAUGUAACACAGCUGCUGACAAUUUGUCUCACUUUAAAUUUCAGGAGUUUCAUCAAGCACUCCCGUCAGCUGCGCCCACAGCCACCAUCACUCCAACAUUUCAACAACUCAUACUGGACUAGACACCAUCAUGCAGCAUAGCAGGACAUUGUCCCAACUGGCACUUUCAAACAAUACACACAAAACAUACAACAGGGCUUUCACAUAAUUCAAACGAUUCCUUUUGGAACAUAAAAUCAUGCAACCAUUUGUCAUGACAUCUUUUUUGGGGUUUGCUUCCUUUUGCCACCUUAAACUCAAAAUGUCAUAUAACACCAUCAAACUCUAUCUCACUGGCAUUCAACACCACAUGCUAAUCUUACACCCAAAUAACAACAGUUUCAUGGCCUCUCACCAAAUUAAGACAAUACUCAGAGGUAUUCAGAAAUCAGAACCCACACAUACAACCCAGAGGCUACCCAUAGAUAACCAUAUCUUCAAAGCAUUGUCUAACCUGCUUGACUUAAAAACGUUUGACACCAAUACAAAUUCUGUCAUCAAAACAGCAAUAUACAUCGCUUUCUAUGGAAUUCUAAGACCUAGAGAAUUCACUACAACCUCCACGAAUCAAACUACUCCGUUCCUCCUCUAUUCCCACUUGACAAAACAUAUGGAUCAUUACAUCCUGACUUUACUUCACUCCAAAACCAGUCAGCAAAUACCGUAAACAUACCGUACUAUCCCACGCACAACAGCUGGUGUCCCGUCAGGGUUCUUGAUGCCUACAUACAGCAUCAUAACUUACUGCCCUCACAACCAUUACUACAGCUACAAGGUGCAGUACUCACCACUACAACCUUCAUGACCUAUGUCAGGUCCUUGCUCACACAACUGGGCCUCAACGCAGCCAAAUACUCAGGGCACUCCUUUCGUAUAGGAGCCGCGUCCACAGCCUCCAGUGUCAACAUCCCAACUCAUGUUAUCAAAACACUGGGGCGCUGGAAGUCAUCCGCUUACUCACGGUACAUACCAAACCCAGUACAAGAAUUAAGGGAUGCUUUCAAAAACAUGUCUGGUUGAUAAAAUGUAUAUGUAUUGGUUGUCUGUAAUAAAUUUGAUUACUUAAUUUUUGCCCUCUUCUUUCUCAGGCCUACCUCAUCGUCGGUUCCGGCACACCACAACCGACUUGCUCUUUUUACUAUCCUACAUUUAUUUAUGGUAUUUCACACUGUACUAUCAUAAGCACCUAACACAAAUAUAUAUAUAUAUAUAUAUAUAUAUAUAUAUAUAUAUAUAUAUAUAUAUACACAAUGUUAAACAAAAAUCUGCACACCAGUCAAGCCAUAAGACUUGCUUUUCCCACAGAGAACUAUAUAGUUCAAGUAGAGAUUGUAGCCGUAUUAGUCCAGUGAUGUAGAUGUAAAAAACAGAUAAAAUGUGUAUCUUGUAAUACCUUUUUUUUAUUGGACUAACAGAAUUUUUUAAUGACAAGCUUUCGGGAGAACCUCCCUUUCUCAAGUCUGAAGCAUUUCAGAGCAAGAAGACACAUAGAAUUCAAAGUUGAGUUGUGAUUCAGGGGUUAAAGCGACAUGAGUGUAUAUAAGACACAGGUUUGUUAGAAAAUAGACACCGUUUUUGCAGAGGGUCAUAAAUAUCUUUGUGAAGAGCAGUGUGAGGGGGGAGAGAGGGAGAAGAAAAACAAACAAGCAGAUACGAAUUAUAUGUUUUAUACAUAUAUAUAUAUAUGUAUAUAUAUAACAAAUUGGUGUAUUUUAUAUUAAUAUAAUUACAUAUAUUAGUGUUAAUAUUGAUAUAUAUAUUAUAAUAGUGUAAAUUAGAUUAGCCUUAUUAGUCCAGUAGACAAGAUGCCAAAAUACCAGAGUAUUGCAGUAUGAAAUAAUCUGGUAUUUUGGUGUGUGUGUGUGUGUAUUUACUAUAUAUUAAGAAUUAAAACAAAAAAUUAAUUAUAUAUACAUAUGUAAUUUCCUUUUAACUGAAUUUUAAUUUUAUAUAUAUAUAUAUAUAUAUAUGUGUGUGUGUGUGUGUGUGUGUGUGUGUGUGUAACAAAAUACACUUAGAUGUAUAUAAAAUGUCUUUCUAUCUAUAUAUAAAUAUAUAUAUAUAUAUAUAUAUGAUUACAUACGUUUACAUGUAAAAUUUAAAUACAUUUAUGUAUUAAAAUUCUACGUGUAUAUUUAUGUUAUUGUUUUAACACAAUUAUUUGAUUUUAUUAAUUAAAAUUUGAGGACCAUGUCUGACAAUCCAGGCAGAAAGUCCAGAGAAUUUGAUUUGCAACCCUAUAUUUAUCCUUGUAACUUUCCAAGACACCGUAAUACCCGUACUGUUUUACUUGGGAGACUUCGCUGAACACAAAUAUUAGUGUUUCAAAAUGAUAAAUUGCAUGACAACGAUGAUAUCGUCCGUGAAAGUGAAGUUUUUGGCAUUUUUCACACACAAACCGCACUUUCAGUGGCAAUAUUAUUGCUAUACAUUUCACUGUUUUGAAACACUAAUAUUUGUGUUCAGUGAAGUCUCCCGAGUAAAACACUACCCCAUGUACAGAUUUUAUGGUGUUUUGGAAAAUUAGAGCGUCAAAUAUGUACAAUUUACUCCGUCCUUAAGUGGUUAAUUAAUAGAGAAUUAAUCUUCUCAGUAGUUUUACUUAAAGGACCACUAUAGUGCCAGGAAAACAUACUCGUUUUCCUGGCACUAUAGUUCCCUGAGGGUGCCCCCACCGUCAGGGACCCCCUCCCGCCCGGCUCUGGAAGGAGGAAAGGGGUAAUAACUUACCUUUUUCCAGCGCUGGGCGGAGAGCUCUCCUCCUCCUCUCCGCCUCCGAUCCUCCCCGCCGGCUGAAUGCGCACGCGUGGCAAGAGCUGCGCGCGCAUUCAGCCCGUCGCAUAGGAAAGCAUUUACAAUGCUUUCCUAUGGACGCUUGCGUGCUCUCACUGUGAAAAUCGCAGUGAGAAGCACGCAAGCGCCUCUAGUGGCUGUCAAUGAGACAGCCACUAGAGGAUUAGGGGGAAGGCUUAACCCAUUCAUAAUUAUAGCAGUUUCUCUGAAACUGCUAUAAUUAUGAAAAAAUGGGUUAACCCUAGCUGGACCUGGCACCCAAACCACUUCAUUAAGCUGAAGUGGUCUGAGUGCCUAGAGUGGUCCUUUAAGGGAGAUUUACUUGGGAGAACGGGCAGUAAAGUGAUUCACAGGAAGUAGUGGGCUGAAAGCACUGCAGAUUUUUUGCUGUAAAAAAAUUAUACAGAAUAUUUUAUUUUUCUAAAACAAUUAGUGCUCUGAAUCUAUUUUAGUCCAUUCAGUGCAUCUACUUUUUCUUUGUUUAAGCUUCAGCUGCAGAUAGAAGCACUAUGGGUCAGCAGAAUCAGCAGCAACAACCUUGGGGAAAAAUGUCUGACUCACCACCUUUUGAUAUGUUCAUGGCCAUUAGCCUUGUGUUCCAGUAUCAUAGCCAAAAUAUACAUUAAUACUUACUGUAGCGGAACGCCAAUAUUAAAUCCACGAAUUCCGCUGGUUCAGGAAGUAAUCCACAGUCAAGCGCUGAAACAACAAGGCAAUAUCCCCAACCUCCCAGUAACCGGACGAAACACAGUUCUGAGAGUCAACUGAAAUCCUUUAAUUCUGCUGCACAAUUUAUACAAGUCCCCAUGCAAGGGGUUUCCUGAGUCCCUUCCCAGGGGCACUCCUAGAGGGGACUACAUGGGGGACUUACAUUACAAGGCAUUUUUCCCAUCAGGCACUGCUGCACGAGAGGGAUCCUCCCACUGGAAUAUACCGUUAAGUGGAUUAUCCCUCCGUGCAGCAGAACUUACAAUUCGUAUAAAAAUACAUAACUUUAUGAAUAUGCAGUCUAUUUAAACGAAUGGACGUUCGGUAGAUAGCUGGGGUCUGAGCGCAUCAUUCGUGAGAUUACCGCUCAGAUCCCAGCUAAAAUAACCGAACGCCGCACGAAAAACACAUUCAUUACAAAAUAUAUUAAAAGAACCGAUUGCCUUCCAGGGAAUAAAAUACCGAACGGCCUGAAACUCCCGAACGUCCUGGAGGCUCAGCGGUGUUCGUGCCGUCGAGUAGCCGUUUUUAGUACCAUGCGCUCGACGACCUAGCACCGCUGAGGGAACAAAGGAUCCAAGAUGGCCGACCGCCGCAUGGUCGGUAGUCGAACGACGGCCACCCAGGAGAGCCUCUAAUUACCGAUUGCAACAUUGUUGCAAUCGGUUAACCAGCGCCACACGCCUCUAAGUGUGUGGGCUAUUAGGGGUAGUGUUUUCGGUUCACGAACGGCCCUCCAAAGUGCCGUUCGUGAAACGAAAGGAAAACCCCAUACAAACCGCUAUCUGCAUUCGGCGGAUAGCAAAUACAGGCAAUCCAAUACAUUACAGUCAGCAUACAAUAUAUGGAGUAAAACACAUAUCUCCCCAGACAUAUAGGCAACCCUUAAAGGUACAGUCUCUGGUUAUAGUCCAAGUGGCUAGGUUUGCCACAAUGCUCCCCCAGAACCAAGCCGGCAUACACAGUCUGAUCCCAACGGAUCGGCUUGGGGAUGUCCGGAGGAGGCUCACAGAUCACUUCUCAAGGUCUGUUUGUCUAGAUAACCCGUCGGCGUUACCGUUUUGUUUCCCGGGACGAUAAUGAAUGGUAAAGUCAAAAGGCUGCAACGCCAAACUCCAGCGCAGCAGCCUGGCAUUGUCUCCAGCCACACGGUUCAGCCACACCAACGGGUUGUGAUCUGUGAGCAAGGAAAAGGGUUGCCCAUAGAGAUAUGGCUGUAACUUUUUCAGGGCCCACACCACGGCCAGGCAUUCUUUUUCUAUGGCGGCGUAGCUCACUUCUCGAGGUAACAAUUUCCGACUCAAAUAUGCUACGGGAUGUUCUCCGCCAUCUGCUCCGACCUGGCUCAGUACUGCUCCCAAUCCAAACAUGGAGGCGUCUGUGUGGACAAGAAAACGUUUAGUUGGAUCAGGAGCAGCCAGUACCGGGGCAUUGGUCAGAGCCGUCUUCAGUUGGUUGAAUGCCUGUUCACACUCUGGGGCCCAGAUGACCUGCCUGGGCAGGUUUUUCUUCGUUAAGUCAGUCAGGGUUUUGGCCAGGGCACUGUAAUUGGGCACAAAUUUUCUAUAAUACCCGGCGGUACCUAAAAAAAGCAAGGACUUGGGUUUUGGUCCUGGGGUAGGCCACUGGGCUACAGCUUCAACCUUUGCGGGCUCAGGCUUCUGUUGCCCGCUACCUUCCCUGUGCCCUAAGUAUUGGACCUCUGCCAUCCCUAUGUGGCACUUGCUUGGCUUCAAGGUAAGCCCUGCCUCCCGGAUCCGAUCUAUUACAGCCCCUAUAUGUCGUAGGUGAUCUGACCAGGUCUGACUGUAAAUGGCAAUAUCAUCCAGGUAUGCACACGCAUAAUCCUGGAACCAGUCCAGUAGCCGAUCCACCAUCCGCUGGAAGGUCGCGGGGGCGUUCUUCAUCCCGAAUGGCAUGACUCGAAAUUGGUACAAGCCAAACAGGGUGACAAACGCCGACUUGGGGAUGGCGUCUUCGGCUAGUGGAAUUUGCCAGUAUCCCUUACAAAGAUCUAUGGUUGUGAGAUACUGACCACUGGCCAUCCUAUCUAGCAGUUCGUCUAUCCGGGGCAUCGGGUAGGCGUCCGACAUGGUUUUGUCGUUCAACCUCCGGUAGUCCACGCAGAACCGGGUGGUACCGUCUUUCUGGGGGACCAGGACUACCGUCUGCCAUCAGUACGGUCAAUAUGUCCAGGGGUACUGGCUGGGGUACAAAUUCCAACCGGGUUCUCAGUUCCUUCUGAUAUGGUGUUUCCUCCCUGGCCGGUGGGGGUGGACUGCUGUGUGCUUGGUCGCCUUCCAUCAGCUCUGUAAUGAGUACUGCUUUAGAUUUGUUGCUAGCGCUUUUCCCUCUAGCCUCCAGCAGUUCCUGCCUCUUUAAUGCCGUGUAAUCCGUCCCCAUUCACUGAUCGCUUUCGUCUGUUUGUUUCAUACGAAUUGCCUUUCCCUUUUCCGUUCGGUUGUUCCUUUCAUUCGAAUGCGCUGUAUUCGGCUGUAGAGUUGGAUCCCGUCGCUUGCCACCAAUUGUAGCGGAACGCCAAUAUUAAAUCCACGAAUUCCGCUGGUUCAGGAAGUAAUCCACAGUCAAGCGCUGAAACAACAAGGCAAUAUCCCCAACCUCCCAGUAACCGGACGAAACACAGUUCUGAGAAUCAACUGAAAUCCUUUAAUUCGGCUGCACAAUUUAUACAAGUCCCCAUGCAAGGGGUUUCCUGAGUCCCUUCCCAGGGGCACUCCCAGAGGGGACUACAUGGGGGACUUACAUUACAAGGCAUUUUUCCCAUCAAGCACUGCUGCACGAGAGGGGUCCUCCCACUGGAAUAUACCGUUAAGUGGAUUAUCCCUCCGUGCAGCAGAACUUACAAUUCGUAUAAAAAUACAUAACUUUAUGAAUAUGCAGUCUAUUUAAACGAAUGGACGUUCGGUAGAUAGCUGGGGUCUGAGCGCAUCAUUCGUGAGAUUACCGCUCAGAUCCCAGCUAAAAUAACCGAACGCCGCACGAAAAACACAUUCAUUACAAAAUAUAUUAAAAGAACCGAUUGCCUUCCAGGGAAUAAAAUACCGAACGGCCUGAAACUCCCGAACGUCCUGGAGGCUCAGCGGUGUUCGUGCCGUCGAGUAGCCGUUUUUAGUACCAUGCGCUCGACGACCUAGCACCGCUGAGGGAACAAAGGAUCCAAGAUGGCCGACCGCCGCAUGGUCGGUAGUCGAACGACGGCCACCCAGGAGAGCCUCUAAUUACCGAUUGCAACAUUGUUGCAAUCGGUUAACCAGCGCCACACGCCUCUAAGUGUGUGGGCUAUUAGGGGUAGUGUUUUCGGUUCACGAACGGCCCUCCAAAGUGCCGUUCGUGAAACGAAAGAAAAACCCCAUACAAAUCGCCAUCUGCAUUCGGCAGAUGGCAAAUACAGGCAAUUCAGUACUUUACAGGUAGCAUACAACAUAUAGAGUAAAGUACAUAUCUCCCCCGACAUAUAGGCAACCCUUAAAGGUAUAGUCUCUGGUUAUAGUCAAAGUGGCUAGGUUUGCCACACUUACCCACAUAUUAAAGGACCACUAUAGUGCCCCAAGGGUGCCCCCACCCUCAGGGUCCCCCUCCCGCCGAGCUCUAGAGGUUGGAAGGGGUUAAACUUACCUCUUUCUCCAGUGUCGGGCGGGGAGCUCUCCUCCUCCUCUCCUCCCUCUUCUCCUCCUCUUCGGUUGAAUGUGCAUGCGUGUCAGGAGCUGCGCGUGCAUUCAGCCAGUCCAUAGGAAAGCAUUCACUGCCAAGUUUAUAGAAAAAGGGUUAACCCUAGAUGGACCAGGCACCCAGACCACCUCAUUAAGCUGAAGUGGUCUGGGUGCCUAUAGUGGUCCUGUAAUAAUUAAGCCUCGUUUUUAUUAUAUUUAGAAUGGGACUAGCACAGUCUUCUAAUCAAGCCUAAACAUGAGUUGCGUAACUUACGCCAUUGGGCAGGAUUGUGAUGUCCGAUAUUUUAGGUCACAAGUAAGAAGUAUGACAUAUCUAUGUAAUGGAAAAAUGGCAUCCCAUUCAUAGAUGCAAUUAUUAUUUCUGGGGCAAGUACAAGAAGAUAGAAGAAAAAGUUUCUAUUUGGAUUGAUUUUGGUCUGGAACACAAGGGGGUGGUCACUUAUUGUCUCUAUAAAUAAGCCUUCUCUCCACCUUUGGGCCAGGCUUGGUAAUCCUCAGGAUAAAUAUAUCUAAUGAUACUGAGAUGUGUAUUGUACUUGCUUGGGGCCAGAAUCUAAUUCUAAGUGAGUCACCAGCUUUCUUACCAGAGACCCCCUGAGCAAAAGUUUUACUUUGAAAACCAGAGUAAGUGAUUAGGACUUCUGUUAUUUAUUUAUUUUUUUGUGCAUGAAAUAACAGUAUACCUGCUCUGCCCCAAUAGCAGUCGCAAGUAUUAUGGUGACAGGCAUAACUAAAAAAAGUAUGGCUUUUCAUAAGAAUAGACAGCACUUUUUUUUUUUUUUUUAAGUAAGUUAAGAGAAAGUUAAAACAGUGGAUUUGGCAUAACAUAUGAAACGUGAGAAACAUUUUUUUCCUGUCUGAUUUGGGUUAAUGCUAUGUUUUUGUUGUACAUGCUAAAUGUUUAAAAGUUCAACAUCUAUUUACGUAUACAGGCUUGGGUUAUUCUAUGCUUGUGUGGUGUGCUAGGCAAAGGCUUAGUGAAUCUUCUACAUGUGUGCUCGCUAUUAUAAAUUGACUGUGUGCGGGAGUAUAUUUUAAGGCGGUACUACAACUCAUUUACAAUCGAUUGCCUUUGUGUACUAAGUGUGCCCUACGCAUAAUGACUGUUAGAUUAGCAAGAAGUUAUGCAACCGGCUAGGAUACAAUAGUGAUCUAUCCUAUAAUAAAACGUAGUCCUAAUAAACAUCAGAUUAAUAAUACCAGCGAUAAAUUAAAAUAAUGUGCUAUAGCCUUAUGGUUCCGUUGUGCCACAGGUAGGUGCAAAGACCAUGGCCAAAGUGUCAGCCGAUGCCCCAGUCCCGGCUCAGCAUUACUCCGCCGCCGCUGUUGGUAGAAUGUGGUCCUAUGUGUCUUGCGGGGAUAUGGUUGCUUAAGUGCACGAGUCCUGUUCCGGGCCUGGAAGUGGCAGUCCCGUUUGAGGUCUGGUUUUGUCUCUGGUGGAUGCACUCGAUGUAGCCUGUCUGUGCACAAAUUCCAUAGAUGUCCCUGGGUUCCAGCUGUGGGUCGGGUUGUGUGCUGUGUUCUGGGAGUCCCUGUUAAGGGAGUGUUGGCUAAUUCCUAGGCGCUGCAGGGUCGUGGCGGCUUCUUGAAGGUCUCUAACGACGUGAGUUCUAUCCCCAUGGGUGAUGGACAGUGAUCGAGAGGGGCGCCAGCGAUGGCUUAUCUUGUGCUGUUGGAGAAGAGAGGUGAGCAGUCUCAGUUCUCGGCGCCAUGCCAAAGUGUUGCCGCUUAGGUCUGCUAAAAAUGUGAGUGACGUCUUCAAAAGCGUAUGGUGAGUUGCCCUUUAGCGCGUUCAUUGCAGCUGCUUUAUCUUUUCCAUUUUGGAAUUGGAUUAUCAGGUCCCUGGAUGUCGUUGGUGGUGCUUUUGCUGGUUUGGGCACCCGGAAUAUGCCCUCCGCCACUAUUGCUUUGGCUUGUUUGGGUGUUAGUAUGGCUGUUAACAGUCUUCUCACCACGUGUUGAAGCUCUGUGUUUGGUAUGCUUUCAGGGAUUCCUCUUAUUUUCAAGUUGUUUCGGCGACGGGCAUCUUCCAGUGCGGCAAAGUGGCUUUCAUAGGUGAGGUUUUGCUUUUUUAGAUCGCUGACCUCUUGUUGCAGAGUUGUGAUCUGCUGUAUGCAGGAGUGUGAGGUAGUUUCCAGCGCGCCGAUGCAGCCUGUCAUGCCCUUCAGGUCCUGGUGUAUCGUGGCCAUGUCUGCCUGAAGGUUUUUCUGCAGAUCCGCCAGUAGCUCUUUUAAUAUUGUGAUUGUCACCGGAGCGGAGUCCUGCUUCGUCGAAGGAGGCGGUGGAGGCGCUGAAGCUGGUAUGUAGCCUUCCUCCAUGCCAUAGGAGAAGUCGUCUGAGAGGUCUGAGCAAUCCCCUGUGAUGGCCGCCAUGUUGUGUCCGUGGGUGCCCUGAGCCUGUCGCCACAUGUCCCCAAUGUUCAUGCCCAUUUGGGGGGCCUCCUGCCAUGGCUUUUUUGAUUUAUUUAUUUUUUUCCCCAUGGUUUUUAAACACGUUGGGGGGGGUCGGUAGAGCCCUGUAUGUGUAGUUUUGGUGCCGAAAAUCGGUUAAUUAUGUCUCUUGCAAUCCGGAGCUCCAUAAACGUGCGACCGUCCACUUUGGCUGUUAGACUCCGCCCCCAGGACUUCUGUUAUUUUAUCCCUUUUGUUUUUAUCUGUUGUUGGUGUAACUAAUUUGAUUGUCGUUUAUAUUUUUGAAUAAAUUCUUUAUUUUUGUAGUGCUUGUAUGAUACAAUACAUGUAGUGAGUCAUAUAAAGCAGUAAAAGGCAGGGAUAACAAUAAUAUUAUUAUAAGACUGAUUAAUGGCACUUUUUGUCCUAUAGGCAUGAGGGAGCUGUGCUAGGCAACUUGGUGGGGUUGCUACAGUGUACAAUGUUUUACAUCCGGUGGUGAGAAGUGCCCUUCCUACUGAUGCAGAGGGUAGCAAAUUGUGCAACCUAGUUAAGAAAUGUUGAGCGAUUACCCAGCACGUCCACCAUAGUGUGAAGGCUAGUCAGGGCUGCCAUCAGAAAUGUUGGGGCCCCUGACACAGCUCAAGGUCUGGGCCCCCCGGUGCCUGCACCCGAGUCUGCCCAAAGUGCUGCCCCCCUGAAUCCGCCCACAGGGAUGCAGUGUCUGCAGGACCGGUGCAAGGAUUUUUGCCGCCCUAGCUGACACCCGGCGGCGGGCGGGCCGGCACGCGAGGGAGCACUCUCUGAGUGAUUCCUCUUCAGCUCCCUCGCGCGCCGCGUACUGAUGCCGGAGCCGGAAGAUGACGUCAUCUUCCGGCUCCGGCAUCAGUACGGUGCACGAGGGAGCUGAAGAGGAAGCACUCACAGAGUGCUCCCUCGCGCGCCGGCCGCCGGGUGUCAGCAGGGCCAGCCUCGGGGGGGCCCUCAGGUGACGAGCUGCUGGGCCCCCAGGAGAAGAGGCUGGCCCUGUGGGUACAUACCGGGUCGCAGGACCCCCUGCGACCCGGUAUGUACCCACUGAAUGUGGGGCCCGGACGACCUGAGCAGUCCGGGCCCCCCAGGACCGCCGGGCCCAUGACAACCGUUACGGUUGUCAUGCCCUGAUGGCGGCCCUGAGGCUAGUCAAAAGUUGUGAGUUAGCAGGUUUGCCUCAGUAUGGUUUGUCAGACUUUGGAGAUGAUCCAGCAGAGAUGUUCAGCCUCACUUUUGAUUUUGCAUACUGGUUAGUUGGUACAGUCAGUUGAAUUGGAUCAUUCGCUUAGAGUAAGAGGCAAUUCCUACAAUAAGGCUCCAGUUUUUAAGUGGUAAUUACCUAAAUAAUUGCCUCUGAUAAAGUUGAGCCUUACUCUACAAAACACGAGGUGAAUGAUCCAAUUUGACGGAUUGAACACGAGCUAACUAACCAGUUCACAAAAUCGAAAGCAAGGCUGAACAGGUGACAAAGGGGAAUACAGGCCAGUUCAUUUGCUGGUGCUGGACCUUUCAGCUGGGCAGACUGCAGAUCCCAUCCCUCACAAGCAUCCCAAUGACCAUAGGACUCAUUCCCACGCUGGGUUUGAUACCCUAUUUGGCAAUUAUAAAUACAUGCAAUGUGAGUGCUUUUAAUCUUGAAUCUUAAAGGACCACCAUAGGCACCUAGACCACUUCAGCUCAAUGAAGUGGUCUGGCUGCCAGACCCCCCAUAGUUUCAGAGAAUCUCCCUGACAGCCACUAGAGGCCGCUUUCGCGAUCCUCAAUGUGAAAAUCACAUUGAGGACAUGCUGAUGUCCAUAAGAAAGCAUUGAGUAAUGCUUUCCUAUGGGCGGUUUGAAUGCUCUUGCCGCGCAUGCGAAUUAGGAGCUGAGGUCGGCAGCGGGAGAAGAGGUCACCAGUGCUGGAUUAAGGUAAGUGGCUGUAGGGGUUUUAACCACUUCAGCAUAGUGGGAGGGAGUACCUAAUAACUCUAUAGUGCCAGGAAAACAAGUUUGUUUUCCUGGCACUAUAGUGCUCCUUUAAUAAAGUGUUAUUCAUACAGAGAGUACCAUGGAUUAUAUUAUUUAAUUGCAGGUACCUUUGGCCACCAAGUAGAAUUUUAUGUUACUGCACUCUGUCAUUUUUUCUUUUUAUUUCAAUGUAUUCCAGGAUUAUUGUACUUACCUGUUACAACUUUCCUGAAGUAAUAUAUUGUUCUAGUAAACACCUCCAUCUCUAUUGCCCUACAGUUACAGCUUCAUGAGCUAUAUUUUUUUAGUUAUGGGGUUUUCUCAAAUGUAUCUGUUGUUUGUUUAUACUGUGUAUUUUAAGUUUAUUUUUAUUUCCACCUUAUCUUUUUACUAUUGUCAAUACAACUAGGAUCUCCCACCUACUCACUAUACUACAUAUAUUUUAUGUUCUGAAUAUGUAGCUCCUGGAUAUUCCACAAGUUUUUAGUAGAUUCUCCAUUCACAUUUACAAUACAUAGACUGAUGAACUCUGAUCCAGUUUGAGCUUUAUUCAGUGCACAUUCCCCUACUCCUUCUAUUCCACAGGGAUAUAUCUCCCCUGUUUUUACAACUUUCAUCUGUACUUAAAGGGACACUGUAGUCACUAUAAGCAUUUCAUCUCUUUGAAUUGGUUAUAGUGCCUGGAGUGCCCUGUCACUGUCCCUCCAUUCAGUGUUGCACCAUGUUCGUGCAGUAUGCCACAAAAUAAGAGUCCCUGGCCACCCACAGUCCAGCCCCUUCAGUAUGUGUAGCUAAGGCAGAGAUUACACACUUCCUUGUUGUCAUACCCAUUCAUACCGUCAGUUGGAACUCUGACAGGCUAAAAGCAGUCAGUUGACACUCUCAGCCAAUCACAGCUGCCUAUUGCAGCUCAAGCCAAUACUUCCUUAUUAGCCAAAGCAGCACAGAGGGGAUGGAUUGCCAGGGACUCUUGUUUAACAUUAUUAAAACAUUAAAAGUUUAAAAACUGUUUAAUGCUGAAAGAAAUGAUGGUACCAGAUGACUCCAGACACUAUAACCAGUUUAAUGAGAUGAAGCAGAUACAGUGCCUACGGUGUCCCUUUAAUUUUACUGGUCCAGCACAUUAUAUCUGACUUAAUUUAUCAGUGAUUCUUGGACUUUGUUGUAGUAUUUUAAUUAAAAACAAUGUUUGAAAUAUGUUUCUACCGUGUUUUAUAAAGAUCAUAAAUAUGUUUUGUCUUCUUGAACACUUUAGAAAGAAGAAUGCAAAGAUUAAGACUGGCUACAAAAGAGAGCAUAUUAAUGCUGGAUGUGAUAUGGAUUUUGAUAUUGCUGGUCCAUCAAUCCGUGGAGCUGUAGUCUUUGGCUAUGAAGGCUGGUUAGCUGGCUAUCAAAUGACUUUUGAAUCCUCGAAGUCAAGAGUUUCUCAAAGCAACUUUGCAGUAGGAUAUAAAACUGAUGAAUUUCAGUUGCAUACUAAUGUGUAAGUAAAGAUAAAUACUAAUAUACGGGCAUAGAUAGUGAUGUGUUGUUUUUUUAUUAUUUAUUUAGAUGUUUUGAUUAUUUUCUGGCAGAUCAUGGUUCUUACAUCAGUUUGGUUAUAAACAAAACAAAAAAAAAAUACAAGCUACUGAAUAAAAAUCAGUGACCCCCAAAGAAAGCAAUGAGCUGCCAAUACUGAAAAGUACAGUUGGAGCUAUCAAAAAUAGGAACAAAAAAAACCUAAAGCUUUUAAAGUUGAUAAGUUAUAACCCAGAAUGAUUCCACUUAUUCCAGAUUUGCAAUUUAAAUUGAUGUACUGGAAUCACCCCAGAAUGAAUAUAGCUAUAAUCUCCCAAACAUACCCAAAAUGGUGCCUAGGUUGCCAGGAACCGAUUGUUCUAGAACUGUUACCAGAUGCAUGGAUAAAUGCAAUGCUUGCUGGCAGCAUAAACUGAUUCGAGUGAUGGUUUCCAGACUGCCCUUAUAACAUGAGAGUGUGAGGAACAGCAUCCUAUAACUAUUCUCCAUGAUCCUGUUAAACUAGGAGGGAUGUUUCCCUACCCAAUGUGCAGUGGAUGGGAAAGGCCUGAAAAAAACAACUCUGAGUGCUAGCCCAUCAUCCUUUCUGGAUAUUAUGUGAGGGAAGUACCUUUUGCAAUUUGGCAUUCUGACACAAAAUGCGGUCAUAAUAUUAACGAUUAUUUUGAUUCUAUUGUAAUUUCUUUCUUUUUUUUCUCAACAGAAAUGAUGGAACAGAAUUUGGAGGCUCUGUAUACCAAAAAGUAAAUGACAAGUUGGAAACUGCCAUUAACCUUGCAUGGACAGCGGGAAAUAGUAACACACGUUUUGGAAUUGCAGCCAAAUAUCAAAUUGAUUCUGAUGCUUCUUUCUCCGUAAGUACAAAAAGUCUGAAGAAAUAAAACUGAAUGUUUUAACAGGAGGGUUUCUAAAGGAAACAAUUCCAUGAGAAAUGUUCUACUAUAAGAAUGUGCAUUUGUGUGUGUGUUUUCAUGUGUACACACAUAUGUGUGUGUUUAUUGUGGCUAGAUGACUGGGUCAGAGCAUCUUCAAAAGGCAAGUCUUGUGGGGUGUUGUUCCCAGUAUCUAGGGGUUAGUACUUGGCAAAAGUGGUGCAAGAAAAGGACAACCGGUCAUGCGCUCUGAAGGCUCAUUGAAGCACAGCGAAAGCAAAAGUAGCCUUUCUGGUCCAAUCACACAGAAGAGCAACAGAUUGCUGAAAAGCUUAAUGCUGACCAUGAUAGUAAGAUGCCAGAACACACAGUGCAUUGCCGUUUGCUGCAUGUGGGGCGCUGUUCCGCAAAUUGAGUGCCCGUGAUGACCCACUUCUCCACCGCUGAAAGCAUCUUUAAUGGUGGACAUGAGUGUCCGAACUAGACCAUGGAGCAAUGAAAGAAGACUGCCUGGUUUGACGAAAGACAUUUUCUUUUAGGUCAGGUGGAUGGCCUGGUGUGUGUGUUUACCUAGGGAAGAGCUUAUAGCAGGAUGCCCAAUAUGAAGAAGGCAGGCCAGCAGAAUGAACUGGCCUGUAUUCCCCUUUGUCACCUGUUCAGCCUUGCUUUCGAUUUUGUGAACUGGUUAGUUAGCUCGUGUUCAAUCCGUCAAAUUGGAUCAUUCACCUCGUGUUUUGUAGAGUAAGGCUCAACUUUAUCAGAGGCAAUUAUUUAGGUAAUUACCACCUUGGGUACUGCAGUUCAUGUAGAUGUUACUUUGACACGUUCCACCUACCUAGAGAUUGUUGCAGAUCACGUACACCCUGAACCCUGCCACAGUGCGGAAAUUGUUCAAGAAUGGUUUGAGGAACAUGAAGAGUUGAAUGGGUUGCCUUCACCUCCACAUUUUCUAGAUCUCAAUCUGAUUGAGCAUCUGUGGUAUCUGCUGGAACAACAAAUCCAAUCCAUGGAGGCCCACCUUGAACUUGCAUGUCUUAUAGGAUCUGCUGCUAAUAUCAAGAUGCCAAUAUCACAAAUCAGAGCUGUUUUGGUAGCACGAGGGGGGCACGAUAUUAGACAGGUGGUGUUAAUGUUGUGGCUGAUUGGUGUACGCACAUCAUUGGUGAGAGGCACAUCAUUAACUGGGAGGGGUGAGUUAAAGGAACACACUAAGGUCACUCCACUGAAAAAAUACAAAAAAAAUAGUAGAUCUACACCCAGUGGAAACCAUGCAUGCAUUUAAUUGUCCUUUUUUUCAUUGGGAGUGGAUCUAAAAAUGGCUUGCAAAAGCUGCAGAUAUUUUCUGCAGCUUUUACAAGCACUCCCAUUCUUCCCCAGCCCAGAUUUUCUAUGGCAAUCCAAUUACAGACUUCCAAGUGCAAAUCAUUUAGGCACUCUGGGCAUUUGCCUGCAUCUUGAGUUUAACUAAACGGAGCUACACAUUCAGGAAGUAACAUAAACUGUUGUCUGAUUGACCGUUGAGGGGUGGGGGUGUAACAUGAUUCAUUUAAAAAAUGCCAAUAUCUAUUGAAAUCUGCACUAUUUGUAAAAUGAAAAAAGGGACACAAACUUAACAUGCUUUACGGGUCUGGAGUGUAUAAGCAGGUAAAGCAGAUCAAUCACUUUUUACUGUUUCAUAAAUAUUUAUUGUUUAUGAAAUACUGUUCCAUGCUGCUUUUGGAAUUGUACUGAAACUUCAACGCAAUCCGAAAUAUGUAUAUUAAAUAACUGUAAUGACAAAGACUUGAUAUGAAAUAUAUUCAGAAAUUGAUAGUCUGGGAAUAAUAAGUUUCCAUUUUUCUUUUCUAGCUUGUCUCUAUUUUAAUGCUAAUACAUACACAGAAUAGGUUGAGCAAUUAAUGUCAAACUGCUGAAGGUGUGUUCUAACAUGCUCUUAUCAAUUUUUUAUCCAUUUAUUUAUUUUCUUCUAAAGGCUAAAGUGAACAACUCGAGUCUGAUUGGCUUAGGAUAUACUCAAACUCUUAAGCCAGGUAGGUAUUAUUACUUAGAGUAUCAUAGUGUGAAAUUAUUUACAUGCUUCUGUAUAUUGGACAGCAUGAGUAUAGUUUUAUUUUCUGUCUCUUUUUAUUAUUUACAAAACAUGGAUUUAACGUGAACUGAAAACUACGACAACAGUCAUACUAAAACAUUUCUGGUCUCAUGGCCAACAUUUUGGCACUUCUGUUUUCAUUUGACUGCAGUUCUUUGUGUAGUAAACAAAAAAGUUUUGUUUAUUUUUCUAGUUGUGUAAUAGCAGUUCUUCCCUAUUAUUGUAUACAUGCCUUUGCUGUAUUUUACUAAGUCAGGCUAAGACCUUGGAUACAAAGCUCCUCAUAUUUCUGAAAGCAACAUUCCACAACACAUUUUGUUAUUUGUAAUUAUUAAAAGCAACAAGUCAUACACGAAAAAACUGUUGGCACACACAAAGUAAUCAAUUUUCAAAUACAAUGAACUGAAUUAGUAAGAGAGAGGGUUAAAGAGAGUGUUAGAGAUAGAGUAGGGGAAAGAAACAAAUUAAUAUAUUUUAGCUAAAGGACAUUUGGAAGCCAAAAAGGAAGAUCCAGGCUUCGGUUUUAUGAAGCAAUGUCUUAAAAUCGUGGAAUUCGGCAAUUUAUCAAUUUUGCCAACUAUUCAACAUUUUUAAAAGAUUUUUAAUUGAGAUUUUUUUUAUUAAGAUCUUUUGUAAAGACAAAUCAAAAUGGAAUCAAUACUCUGAACCCCAGCUUGCUAAACAAAUAGCUGCAUUAGUUAAAGGAACACUGUACUCACUAUAACACCUUCAUCUUAUUGAAGAUGUUAUAGUGCCUACAGAAGUUUGCCCCCAAAAUGUUUUUUGUUUUUUUUAAAACUAAUUGGAAGGCUUGUGAGCCCUCUGAAUAGGAGAGCCGGGACAUUUACUUCAUAUCCAGGCACAACAUGAUGUCAUGCAUGCAUUUGCAGUGUCUUCAUGGCUUACCAUAAAGAAUCACGGCAUUAAAUGUUUCUCUAUGAGUAGAUGUUGACUGGUGGAUCGUGGCGAGCACAAUCUCUGUUAGGCGCAUUGGAUAGGAUCGUCAUCCUGGAAGAACGCCUCCAGGAUGACAUCACAACAGUAGACACUCGGAGCUGGAGAAAAGGAAAGCAAAUUUAUAUAUAUAUAUAAUUUUAUUUUUAUCUCCGCACACAAUUGUAAUGUUAGGAAUAAAUAGUUGUAUUCCUAAUGCUAUAGUGUCCCUUUAAGAACUCUGGAGACUUGGAAAGAAAAGAAGAGGAACUAGUCCAGCAUGCUUUAGAAAAAUGGCAGAUGCCAUUUACUGUCAGUCAGGGAUUGCAAUUGCCUAAAAUCUGGGGAGGGACUGAAAACAAUGGCCAUGGAAAAAUUUUCAUCUUCUCACACGGCCUAUUCAGGAGACCAUGUAUCUGACCUUGCACUCCAAUUUUCCUUACAAUGGGUGAGUAGUUAGCCUCCUUUUUGACCUAGAAAAGAUGGGUAUUGUCCACAUAAGUAGACAGUUUAUAAAAAGAAAUUAGUACCAAAAAGCUAUUUAUAAGAGAGAAAAACUGUAUCUCAGGCAAAAGUGGCCCCAAAGAGCAAACAAAACAGGGGAAAGUGGUCAACCAUAACUAAUUUCUUUUAGUAUGCCACACUAAAAUAUAAAUACAAAGAAAAUUGUGUUACAUGUUCUUCAAUCAUAAACUUUUUUCCCUGGUGUUUUACAAGUGUUUAUGGCAAAAAGUUCCUGACAGGCUUGUAAUAUCUAUUAAAAAUCAUACAACUCCCAUGAUGGUAGCCUUUUAAAUAGCAAAAUGUCAUGCAAAUUGUAGUUUUACAUUUUCUGUGGAUCUACCUUUUGGAUCGCCUCUAUAGAUUAGACUUUGUGAAUUAUCUUUAAAGAUUUUCUAGGGAGUGGUUAUGAUUAUCAAAACGUGUGGUUUUCAGACACUAUUGCAAAAUAUACUUUACUCAGAUGCUUAUCAUAGACUGCUGGUAGGGUAGGCAUUAUGCAUGGUGGUGUGGAGCUAAGCAAACAGGAAGAGAAACCAGUGAUUGGAUUGAUAGCGAUGGAGGUACCAAGUAUAAUUGAUAAGUAUCAAUUUCUAUUGAAAUCUGCAUUUUUGUAAAAUGAUGAAGGGAAACAAAAAUAACACUCUCACCAUACAUAAAGCACUUCUACAAGCUUUCUAUUACUUUUUUUUUUCUGUUUUAAUUAUGUCUCAUUUCCACUAUUUUGCAGGCAUCAAACUAACACUAUCUACAUUGCUCGAUGGAAAGAACAUUAAUGCCGGAGGACACAAACUAGGUCUAGGAUUGGAAUUUGAAGCAUAA